CAGGAUGUGUUUGGAUGUAGUGUUGGUUUUUAAAUGCGGAUGUACAUUUGUGUGUAGUAUUAAUGUUUGAGUGUUUGUAUAUAAAUUAAAAAUUUUAAUCCAGGGGCUUUUGUAUGUAAUGUUUAUGUUUGCAUGUUGUGUUGGUGUUUGCUGGGAUGUAUGCACAUAUACGUGUUUGAUUGCUGGGAUGUACACACAAAUGAUUGCUGUACGUACACAAACAAAUUAACACACAGACACACGUAUAAAUACAUUGACUCAUAUACACACUGACAUAUACAUACAGAUCCAAAGAUACACACCUUGACACAUGCACAGACCUUGAUACACACUAGCUCACACACAUAGUCUUUGACACACGUAUACUCUUUGAUACAUGUAUACACUCUCACUGACAAGCACGCAUGCGCUCUCAAUGACAAGCACGCAUGCGCUGACACUUGCACGCUCUCGCUGGCGCGCGCGCUCACUGAAACACGGAAUUUAUUUACUUUUUUAAAUUUCACUCCACCCAGCCUCUCUACCUUUGGGAGUGCUGGCAUGGAGGCUCUACUUCUCUGGGGUCCAAUGGGGCUGCUGGGCUGAGCAACCGGCGUGCAUUCCCUGGGGUCCAGUGGGGCUGAGCGGCCGGUGUGCUGUCCCUGGCAUCCAGUGGGGCUGCUGGGCUGAGUGGCUGGCCUGGGGUCCAGUGGGGCUGCUGGGCUGAGCGGCUGGCCUGGGGUCCAGUGGGGCUGCUGGGCUGAGCGGCUGGCCUGGGGUCCAGUGGGGCUGCUGGGCUGCUGGGCUGAGCGGCUGGCCUGGGGUCCAGUGGGGCUGCUGGGCUGGGCGUGCGGGGGGCGAGGGAGCAGUGAUCUUCCUGCUCAGCUCCCUUGCGUGCCUCUUCGUGAUGCCAGUGCCAGAGUGAUGUCGUAUUCCGGCUCCAGCAUCACUGUGGUGCGCGAGUGAGUGAGCUGAGCAGGGGAGAGUGCUCCCUCGCUGUCCACCUCAAUUAUAAGUGGCACUCGACCAGGCCAAAUUGCGGUGUCCAUUUUGUUUGCCGAAAUUAUGGUGGAACAACAAUUAGGAAACGCUAGCCUAGGGAAUUUACUUUCUACAAAUAUUUUCUUUUGUGUACUAUUAGUUUCUUAGCAUCUUAGCGUACCACAUUUUACGAAGUUUGAAAACUUAACUGAUCAAAAUUAAUUGAAAUACAAAACAUAUUAGUAAUUUUAACAAUGAGGACUAAGUAGUGAAUCUAUUUUGAGUUGCACUUCUUCAGUUGAACUUUUAUAUAGAAAUUAAGUAUAAAAUUAAGAAGAGAAUGUGUGUGUAUAUAUUUUUUCCCACCAAUUUUAUUCUUUUUUAAUAUUCUGAUAUCUAUAUAUAUAGAUAUAUAUAUAGAUAUAGAUAGAUAGGGUAUAAAAAGAAAGCCCUGCGUAUUCUUAUUCAGAAAACUUGAAAUUGUGGUAGAAUGAACUCAUGGCAAAUGUUCCCAAAAGGGCCUUCUUCUCAAAAGGGCCUUAAUGGGUUAAAACAGGGCUCAACAAAUCCCAGGUUGCCAUGGCGACUAAAAAUUUUGGUCAGCCCGUUCCCUCCUCAUCCUAUCUCAAUCCCUGUGUAGCACUCUAUGCGCCGGUGUACCGAGAGGAAGUGAACUGUAAUUUCUUUCUCCCGUCGCUGAGGCUGCUCAGCAGGACACCUGGCAAAAUCGUCUGUUCGCUGCCCACUUCCAUUUCAUAGACCCGCCCACAUUUUUUCAGACCCGACCGCCCACACAAUUGUUUCCCUGCACGGCUUCAGCACGGGGAGGAAGUAACUGCAGGUCCCUUCACUUCCUCCCGGCGCACAGUGAACUGCACGUGAUAUCGAGAUAGGUGGAGGAGCGGAGUUUUGACAAGCCACAGCCCAUUCACACUAGGCGCAGCCAGCCCCACCAAUCUGUCUCCUGCUGUGCCCAGUCCCACUGGACCCCAGGAAAGCCACUCUCCUUCACCCAGAAAGGUAGGAAACAGGAGAGUGGCUAAAAUAUGUAUUCACUUUUUUUUUUUUCUGUGUGUAAAUUUGUCAUGCAUGUACGUCUGUGUGUAUCAAAUAAUAAAUAUAUUGUGAGUGUGUGUCUGUCAGUGAAAUCUUUAUAUUUAGGUCACCAGCCCUCUCGGAUUGCAUGGGAAUUGUGUUUUUACUCACCUGUUUUGAAAUGUCGUGCCAGUCUCUCCACAGCUGGCCCGCCUCCAUAACUGAAAUUGUCAAUUUCCAAUCAACAUCUCCUCGUAGUGAAACAUUAAAGCAAUGUAUCUCUAUAUGGGGAACGUUUAGCGCCGCCUUCAAGCUGAAUGUAGGUGAUGCAUAUUAGGAGACACUUUAGUGGCUGUUUGAGUGACUGCCAUUAGAGAUGUUACUAGGCAGCAAACUAAACACUAGCUUUUGUUUGAAAAAGCAGAGCUUACAUUGAAAAACCUACAGGGAACUUGGUAUAGUUACAUGUUGGCAGAUGAGGAACACUUAAUUUUAUAAUAAAUUAAAUUUUAGGCGAAAUGAGGAUAUGUCUUCUCUACAUUAGUAGAGUCCGGUUCCGUUGAUCAACUUUAUGUAUGUAGCAGUCUUGUAAGUAUGUAUCUUCUGAAGAAAGGUUUGCGUUGGCCUUUGCUGGCACAGUAUGAAUGACCUUUUCAAGAUGCUCACCCAGUGUGACAUAAUCAGGAAAUCUAGCUCACGCAUCAGGAGUAGCAAAGUUGACUACCAGUGGUCUGCUAUUUUUCUUUAUUUAGUGUUUGAGAUUUCUGCAGAAAAUUUAAAUAUUUGCAAUAGUACGGUUUGUUCAUGGUAAUCGUGUUGCUACUCCUGCGUCUGUCUCCCUCCAAAUCAAUGGCGUCGUCAUCACCCCUACCUCGCAGGCUCGCUGCUUAGGUGUUCUCUUUGACUCCGACCUCUCCUUCACCACUCUUGUCCUGUCAAUUGUCAAAUCCUGCCGCUUCCAUCUUAAAAAAAGAAAAUCGCUCCUAUUUAACACCGGGCGCGGCUAAGAUGCUGGUCCAUGCCAUUGUUCUCUCUCGCCUUGACUACUGCAAUCCCCUUCUCAGUGGUCCCAGGUUGAACCGCUGCAAUCUAUAAAGAAUGUGGCGGCAAGGCUCAUUUUCUUGUCCGCCCGGACCUCCCACUCCUCCCCCCACUGCCAGUCCUUACAUUGACUUCCAGUUAGAUAUAGGGCUCAAUUUAAGAUUCUGGUGCUUGCUUACAAGUCCCUACAUAAUGCUGCGCCCACCUACCUGUCCUCCCAAAUACACAAGUAUGUCCUGUCAAGGCCCCUGCCGAAGACCUACGUCUAUCCUCUGUCCGUACUCCCACAUCAAAUGCAUGCCUCCAAGACUUCUCCAGGGCUGCACCUUUUCUGUGGUACUCCCUUCCCUUCUCCGUUAGACUUUCACCCAGUCUCCACUCCUUCAAAAAGAUCUUUGAAAACACACUUCUUCAGGAAAGCAUAUAAAUUAAACUGUUAGCAUGUUUUCAUCCCCCCCACCCAUGACUCCUCUCCUGCAACUGUCAAAAAUAACCAAAGUUCUCAGUGAAUUCUUUUCUAGCAACCUAUUUCUUUACCCCUACUUAUACCCUUUAUGUCACUAUACCCACUCCCUCUAACAUGUAAGCUCAUUGAUCUGGGCCUUCAACACCUCUGUUCCUGUGUGUCCACUUGUCUGUUAGUCCACCUAUUGUACAGCGCUAAGGAAUUUGCUGGCGCUACUUAAAUAAUAAAAUCAUAAUAAUAGCAUUUAUGCAUCUAUUGUAUAUCCAUGUAUAUAAGUGGAGUGCAUACCCUGUAAAUUGUGUUCUAAAGAUCUUAGGUUUGCAGUGGAAAUGCAGUGUUUGUGUGAAAGUGUUUACUUAAUGUCCCCUGAAAAUGUGUUUCUGGAAAUCAAGGUUGAUACGAUUUUUCACUUUAGUAAAGUAUUGUAAGUUUAGCAGUAGUUGCCACAUCCAGAUCUGUCUGUCUCUUUUUCUGUGGUCAAUUUGCAACUGCAUAAUUAUUUUCAAACUUUCAGUGUCAGAAAAAAAAAUAUGAAAAAAUGUAUGCAAAAAAUAAAAAACAAAGCUGAAAAUCUGUGAUGUGAACAGCGUAUCAAAUUGUGUGAUUUACAUAGCUACUAGUUUUCCAUUUUGCAGAUUUUGAAUUCUCCUCUGUUCUAUGUAUAGGCUGCCUAAUUUUAAGAUUGAUAUCUUUUAUUUGCUGCUUUUAAAGAAAACAAAUCUUUUAAAAUUAUUAACAUUCGUAACAUGGAAUCUUUGACAUGCACUUUACCGCAGACAUAUCUGUUUAAAUUAACUGAAUGAAUGUUUGAACAACAAAUUGAGUUUUGUAUAAUCUCUUUAACGAGGAAAAAGUGUUUUGUUUUUUUAUUUUUCUUGCAUUAAUGCCUGCUGUGCUGCAAGGUUUAUUUUUUACACUGCCCGUAAAUUGAAUUGUUUUGCUCCUUGGGUCAUCUUUAGGUCAGACUUCAAACUUCAACAGUCACUUUUAACCCCUUCAGGACGGAGUCAAUAGUACACGUUCUGAUCAAAACAAAACGUAAACAAAAACUGGAAUUUGCGCUAUAUGUUCACCCGUAAUUCACCGCUGUCACAUUAAGUGCACUCACACUUAUUAUAUAUCAUUUUGUUCAGGAGAAACAGGGCUUUAAUUUUUCAUUAACUACUCUUAUAUGGAACAUAAUUUAGUAUGAAUAAAAUUUUUAAAAAAUUGAGAAAAUAAGAUUAUUUUUUUUUAAAAUUUGUAUUUCCGUCUGACAUUUUAGCUGUUAAUGUCAUAAUACUGUUAGGUAUUACUGCAAAAAAAUGCCCAUAUUUGUAAUCAGCGCUGUCUCACAAGUACAACAGUACCCCCCUCCCCCCCCAUUAACAGGGGGUAUGGUGUUUUGGAAAGUUACAGGGUCAAAUAUAGAACGUUCCGUUUUCAAAUUGAAAUUUGCCAGAUUAGUUACCUUUGAGACGGUGUGGUAGCCCAGGAAUGAGAAUUACCCCCAUAAUGGCAUACCGUUUGAAAAAGUAGACAAACCAAGGUAUUGAACAUGGGGUAUGUGUAGUCUUUUUUAGUAGCCACUUAGUCACAAGCUACAUAUAUAUCUAUUAUAUAUAUACAUGUAAUGUCUUUCUAAGUGUAUUUUAAUACUAAUGUAUAUACUAAUAUUAGUAUUAAAAUACAUUAUGUACGACGUUACAUGUAUAUAAUAUGUGUGUGUGUGUAUAUAUAUGUAUAUAUAUAUAUAUAUAUAUAUAUAUAUAUAUAUAUAUAUAUAUAUAUAUAUAUAACUUUUAAUUGAUAUUUAAUUUUUUUUUUUUUUACACUUCCCACCAGCAGGGGGACUGUCUUAUAUUUCAGACAGUCCCCCUGCUGGCAGAUCCACAGCCAGCUAUAGGGGGCUAUGUGAUCGCUCUUUGAGAGCGAUCACAUGGCCCCCGGGGGCCUCAUUCGCCGGGGGAGGGCUGCCUGGGCUGUGAGGCAGCCCUCCAGAAGAGGAUCGCAGCGGAGGUAAGUAGCUGCGAUCCCCUGGGGCUGCAAGCCGCAACGGCAUAGAACGCCGUAACGGCUUUAAGGGGUUAAAAAGGAAUUCACUGCAUCAUAAUCUGUGUUUAUAUUUUGCCAUUUGUAAAAAUGGGACGUUUAGAUGAUCCAGAAACUUUUAGCUCUUUUAUAAGAUUGCAUCAUCAUUGCAUCAUCCAAUUUCCAGUAGGUAUUUUAACGGUCAUUAGGUUUCUGUCGGAAAAGUCUUUGCACAGGUUUACCCCUACUGUUAACUGCUCAACACUAAAAUUCCACCAAUAUUUGUCAAAUACUUAAGUUUUAUUUGUAUCCUUAGCCAUACACUUACAGUGGCUCUGUCGCACAAGAAACUCUUUCCCCCUUCCUUUUUCCAUAAAAUUUGACUAUCUCUGUCAAUUCAAUGCUUUUCCCAUAGGAAAGCAUUUGGAGGCUAUUGCACAUGCGUGGCAAAACACCACACUCUGCCAAUCAGCAUCUCCUAAUAGAGAUGCAUUGACUCAGUGCAUCUCUAUGGGAAAAGUUCAGCGCCUCCAUGCAGAGCGUGGAGACGCUGAAUGUCCGUGCUGCAUAUUGUGCAGUACUGACCCAUGAAGCACCUCUAGUGGCUGUCAGAGUGACUGGUGUUACUAGACAGCAAUGUAAACAUUGCCUUUUCUCGAAAAAAGGAAAUGUUUACAUUAAAAUGCCUUCAGGGACAAACUAUACUCACCAGAUCAAUUACAUUAAGCUGUUGUUAUUCUGACGAUGAUAGUGUCCCUUUAGGGGUACCAAAUUAUGGUGACUGUUUAGGAGAUAACUCCUUUUUGAUAUCCUUAUAGAGAGACGUUUUUCUAAUUUUAGCCUUUCAGAUACCUUUCAAUAAGAAUAAAAAUAUGUAGUUAUAGUAAAUAAGGGAGAUUAAAUCCUCCCUCCUGCCUCUUCAGGCUGUGCCCUAUGUCUACUAAACAGAGAUCCUGCAAAAAGGGGACCUGGCAAGGGAACCUAAUAAAAUAAUUAACUGAGGUGUCCCCCCAACUCUGCCCUAUGAGUGAGAACUAUUAAAUUAAACGGGAGACCUAGUGUCCAUUACCACGCAUUUAGUAAACAUGCCUCUACUCAUGGCAUGGCGGGUAUGGGCACGAAAGAGGAUUUAGCCUCCCUUAUACCAAUAUGGGGUUUUUUUUUUUUAUCCUAACCCUCAUAUGCCAAAUGGACAAAUAGUCCAAGUCUACUAUCAGUAGAAAUGAUGCACAAGAUCUCACAAGGCAACGGAGGAAGGACAUGCACAGAGGUGAGUAUUGUGAGAGAAUUUUUUUUUGUCUCAAAGGAAGUAGAGCUUAAUUAACCUCCACCCUUUUGUCACAUUUGUCAAUCGUAGGAAAAAUACUUGUCCCUACUUUGUCUUCUGUUUUUUAGAUAAAUGGAUAAUAAAAUAUGAACAGAUUGUGAAAGAGGAAGAGAAUAGGAAACACUAGGGGAAAGGCAAGUUUUAGGUAACAGUCACUUUAAUGUUUAACGUUUAAAACAAAUAAUGUAGUAUCCUAAGUUAUUCUCUUUAAAGACUAGCUUUAGUGGCACAUAAUAUUAAAGGAUUUUGUGUACUGAGUUUGUUACAUUGUCUUCAUUACUUCAUAAAACAUUUUUUGUUGUGUACGCAGUGUUUUCUUUUUUUCUUCCCCCAACUCUUUUCAUAAUGUAUUGAUGUCAUUGCAGGCCACCCAAUCUUCAUUAUUUAGUGAAUGCAAUGAUAUUUCAAUUUCUCUAUAGAAAUGCGCGACAUAAAAGAUUAUAACUCAUUGCAAUCCAGAUGACCCUGAAAUACACUACUAAGCGAAUGGAGGGGAAAAAAAAUAAAAAACACAAAAUACCAGGCUUUUCAUGUGUGUUCAACUAAGAACAUGCAGUCUUCUCUUGAAUAAACUAAACUAGUAAAAGGAAUGCCUUGGGAAAUGUUGUCAAAUAAGCGAUGUAGCAAACUACUGUUCCCACUGCCCUUUUAGUGCCAGUGGAGUGGAAAGGUUGCUGUCUUCUGAUAUGUUAUCUAGAUUGAGCCAGAGGGUGAUGUGUCAGAUGUUUGUAUACUUGAUGGUUUGUGGGCGUUGGAUAGAGAAAGUGGUCAUCUACUCAGACAGAAGCAUCCUGACAAAUUAUUGAUGCACCAUGUCCUUUGAGCCGUUCAAAAACUUUGUAGACCUUUGUAUAUUGCGAUCACACAGCUUAGAUAAUGACCAGAGAGGGUGGUCCCUUUCAGGUCAGUACAAAGGUCGUCAAAAGGGCAGCGGGAAAUAGCUUGCAAUGCAGGGGUAUUUUUUUUCCUUCCUUUUUUUAAAUUGAGUUUCAUGGUUAAUAACCAAUUAAAACAAUACCAAUUAUUUAAAGUGCUUCAAUACAAGGUACAUUGUGAUAAUGUGCAUUGCAUCUGUUGUUAUAAUAUAAUUUAUUGUAACACUAAGCAAUAUAUAUCAAUUUUGUUUAUCAUGUAUUGUUUAAUAACUGAUUAAAUCUAAAUGACUUAAACUUUUAAUGCUAAUGAGUGCAAAACUGAGGUAUAACACCAAUAUUAUUGUAAGCAGGUAUAUUUCUUGCCCUCUUUUAUAGAUGCAUUGUAGUCACCCAGACCACCUCGUCUCAAUGACAUAGCCUGGGUGCAGAGGCCCUGCAUUAUAACACUUUUUUUUAUUUUUAGAAAUUGCAGUGUUUACAUUGCAGGGGUAAGUCCACCUCUAGCGGCUGUCAUACUGACAGUCACUAGUGGAGCAUCCACUCGCUAUAUUGAGCCUCAGCGCUUGAAAAAGGUAAGUGUGUAAAAUUCAUUUUUAAUAUAUAACUUUUUUUUUUUUUUUAUUAAUGGAAAAAGUUGGAGUGAGACUUUAUAUACCUAGAAGAAAGGGACACUAUAGCGUUAGGAAUACAGUGUUGUAUUUGUAACAAUAUAGCGUUCCUUUGACUCUCCCUGUGCAAAACUAUUAUGUGCUAAUUUAGCCACCGGUGGUACUUUAUUUAGGACUACGGAGCUGUAGUGUUCCUAGUUUGUUCUAAUUGUAUCCAACUGGCAGAUUUUAAUGUGAUAUUUAUAUUGCAUUAGGCAUACUUUCAAAUUGGGACUUUUGCUUUGUAAAUUGUUACUGUAUGUAAUAUGGUUAUAUCUGUAAAUGGCUGAAUUCCCUGUUUACAAGUUUGCUCUGAUUUUCUUGUGGUUUAUAAAGUCUAUAAAUAUUACUACCCUACAGCAUAUCUUGAGAGAUACAAAUGGCAUGAGUUCAGUGCCCAUGAUGAAGAGCAUCAUAGAAGGUGUGGUUUGAUUACAUAUUGUUAAUAAUGUUCUUAUCCAAGAAAAAAUAAGUAUUGGACCUUGAAGGAACUUCUGCUGUGCAAAAGUGUUGAUUCAUCUAUUUAUGAUCAUUGCUGAUAUUACAUGCUGCCAGGAUUUUUAUAGUAAAGAAUAAUAAUAAUAAAAAAAGACGUCCAAUCUCAAUCCUGAAUACAAACGUUAAAUUAUUUGCAAACAUUUUUGCUACCAGACUUUGCAUAUACCUACCCCACAUCAUAUACACAGACCAAGUAGGUUUUAUUAAGGUUCGACAAGAGGGAGAUAAUACAUGUAAAGUACUAGACCUAAUCUAUGGCCUCAGACACUCCAAUCAGGGGAGUCUGAUACUCUCCCUAGACGCAGAAAAGGUCCUUAAUGCAGGCUUUCUGUCUGACCUCUUCCCUAUAACUAAUGGCUCCAGACAAGGAUGCCCACUGUCACCGCUGCUUUAUGUUAUGGCAUUAGAACCAUUGGCAGCCCUGAUCAGAUCACAUAGCUCCAUGCAUGAAAUUCAAAUGGGGGUAGAGAAUAUGUUGCAAAUCUUUUUGCAGAUGACAUUCUAAUCACUCUAUCAAAACCCCACAUAUCCCUACCAAAUUUACUAACAACCAUAGAGCAAUAUAGCAAAUACUCCUAUUACAAAUUGAACCUAUCUAAGACGCAAGCAAUGCCUAUAGGGAUACAAGCAGCAACACCAGCGUCGGUACGCACAUCUUUCCUAUUUUGAUUGGAGAGACAACUACCUUACGUUUCUCGGCAUCAGACUAACAAAAAACCUUUCACAACUACACAAACCUAACUAUGAACGGCUCCUAACCGAAUUUGUGACCACAAUACAACAAUAGGAAGGCAAAUACCUGUCGUGGUCAGGGAGGAUGGCGGCGAUACAAAUGAUGCUAAUGGCAAAAUACCAAUACGUUUUAAGAAUAUUGCCGAUAUCCUUGCCCAAAACAUUUCUAGAUAAAUUACAGAGAAUCAUUGUACGCUUUGUUUGGGGCGGUCGCCAUGACAGGAUAGCCACACAUGUUCUGACUAAGAGCGUGACUGAGGGUGGCAUGUGGUUUCCUAAAGUCAAACAAUACUACAGGGCAGCUGUUUUGUCCGCGGUGGUCAUCUUCCAGGCGACCGAGAACAGGCCUGAGUGGACAGACAUUUAAGUGUAUUGGGUUGGUGCAUGGAACCUCAGGGCGUGGCUUAGCAACCACUACAAUCCCCAUGACAACUCUUACCCUCCAAAUGUGGGACCAACUCAGACCUUCGUUGUGCAUGGCUGGAUCGAUCUAGCUAGCCACUCUUCUGUAAUGCCUACCUGCACAGCUCAUGAUAUUCGAUCCCAAACCUUGGAUGUCUCAGGGAUGUACUCACCUCUACCAACUAUGUGAUCAACCCACAAUUUUACUGUUCCUGGACUUACAAGCCAAAUUCCACCUCGCACCAAGAACGAUUUUCUCAUACCUCCAAUUGAAAUCUUUUCUCGUUUGCAACUGUAUAAUAGAAGCUGACACAGACAAAUUGUCUACCUUUUGAAACCACUGCCUCUCGAUAUCACCCCAUGGAAGACACUCUCCAUCACAUACAACCUUUCAAUUUCAGUUUCACUGGAAGGGAAAAGGAAUUUUAUAGAAAAUUGGCACAAAGACCUAGGAUACCAACAGUGGAAAACAGCAUUCCUUGCACAUAAACGAAACACAUCCUGCUUCAACACACUUCGAGCUGAGUAGUAACUCCAAUACCGCUGAUACUAUGUACCUGCAAGACUGGCCCGCAUAUACCCAGACAUGAACAUCAAAUGUUGGAGGUGCAACACGGACACGGGCACAAUGCUACAUGUCUGGUGGACAUGUACAUCUUUCCAACCCUAUUGGGCAAUGGUAAUACAGUUUUCUCCUUCGUACCGUGCCACCCAUGUCGCUAGAAUUUUGUUUACUGUUUAUAGGUCUAAACAAGAUGACCCAUGUGGAGGCAAAACUCAGAUUUCAAUUCCUGAUAGCCGCAAACACCCUUAUCGCGAGAGCUUGGAAAACGAAUAGAGCAGCGGAUAGACAGGCCCUUUUAGCUCAGGUUACCAUGAAUUGGGACUAUGAACUCAUGGCCCAAAGGUAUAUUGGACCCAAUAAACACACUAAAACACCCAAAGACAUAUGGGACAGACAUGUAGCACAUGCAGAACCAUGUACCACUGGUGAUAUUCGCCAAUAACCACCCCUUCAGCAUGACACAGUUCUGAGGAAAUAGAACGGAUAGCUCUCUGCUAGCAAACAAAAUUCACUCUGUUCGGGGUGCCUGGCACGAUCAGACCCCGGCACAUCCGCCGUCCACCCACUCCAGAUGACCUGGAUAGUUUUACAUCCUCUCGAAUCCCCCACUAUCUCUUCACCAUCUUUCCCUCCCUCUAACCCUCACCACUAUGACAAACUUUGAGACCUCAAAUGUAAGGGAAGCUCUGAUGCCGAACCCCUUGGUACUGGUUCGGACUGAGUUUGUAAUCUAAAGAAAAGGUGAAAGAAUCUGGACCCCCUGUCUAACUACUCACAUAGUCCCCGCCCACAUGGCCUCCCUCACAUCACAUGGCCUCCCUCACAUCACAUGGCCUCCCUCACAUCACAUGGCCUCCCUCACAUCACAUGGCCUCCCUCACAUCACAUGGCCUCCCUCACAUCACAUGACAUGUUCCCACAUAAACCUGAAGGAAUAUAUAUCAUCUACCCCAACCUAGCGGAUUAUAUCCACUAUACCUACUGAGGUAUAUUAGCAUGAGCAGACCCGUCAACAAAUUGACUUCACUGUACACGACAACACCCAGUUACUAUAUGACAGUGCCUCAUCAAAGGUUUGCACCCAGAUAACCAUAGAGCCCUCAAUACCAUCAAUCAUAUGCAGACUAAUGUAAACCUACAGUCUGAGGGUCCUACAGUACAAUAUAGCGAACAAUGUGAUAACCAGGGUGCAAUGUAACUGCUCCAUCAAGUUGUACUGUAACAUUUAGACAUGAUAGUGUGCUGCGCCACACUAUUGUUGUUUUAUAAACCCAUUGUACGAAAGCUCUGUCAUGUGAAGCAUUUUGCUCCCCCCCCCCAGUCCCCAAACCUAACACAUUUUCAUUUUUCUUUUGCUAUGUUGAAAAAGCAAUAAAAAUUGUCAAAUUGAAAAAAAAUAAAUAAAUCUGGUGACAAUUGUCCUUUCAGUACUGUUCUAAUAUAAUUUCUUAAUUUUUUUUCUUAUUUAUUUUAUUUACCCACAUGUGGGUUUCUUACAAUCAGUAACAAUUCACUAGGAAACUAUAGAAAAAAGAGAAUAUCGAUGAUGGUGCACACGAAUAACUUACAGAGGCUGUGAGGGAAUAAAGCAGACUUCUCACAACCAUAUAUAUGUUUCAUAUGGUGACUAUACUUUAUCAAGAUGAAACCAAAUUGAUGCACAGCUGUAUUAAUACCCACUCUUAAUACCCACUCUGCUGUUCAGCAAUGAAAUUAAAUUCAUGGAUACGUAAGAUAUAUUUAACAGAAAACCCAAACUCUGAAACAUGCCAAGGGAGAAUUCAGAUGGCUAUAAAAUUCAAAUUACCUAAAUACAAAAUGCCUACAUUAACCACAUGUAAACCGAAAACAAUACAGUAUGUAAGAAUAUAGUGCAGAAAGCAUAACUCUAUGUUUACAAAAAAGUAUAUGUAGUAAAUGUAAAUACAUUCUGUCUGCAAUUAAUAAUGGUCUGUAUGGGAUCAUCUGAUUUGAAAUAAAGUUUGUGACAGCCACGAGAGACAUUUUAACCUUGCAAUAUAAACAUUGCUGUUCCUGCAGAGCUAAAAUGGCAGGGACAUUGCACCCAGACUACUUCAUUCUUUCAACGUGUUACUUUUUUUUUUUUUUUUUUUCUUGUUUACAUUAAUUUUAGAAAUGUGACCAUUAGGGCCCUUCUGAGGAUCUUACAAUAGAGAUUCACAUUUUGAAUGCAUAUCUAGGCACCAGAACCACUGCAGCUUAAUGUAGUAGUUCUGCAGGCAAACUGAUUUUUACAUUGCAGUCUGAGAAAUUCAAUGUUUGCAUUGCUGCCUAAGGCCACCUCCAGUGGUCUCAUUCAGACAGCCUCUUGAAGGGUGUUCUAAAAAAGCUCCUUCAAAGAUUUCAGACUGACGUUUAGCAUUGCUAAAUAAAAAAGUGUGGGUAGGGGGGUGGCAUAGUGUCACCCUUUGCCCCAAGAUGGUGCGUUAAAUAAAUGACUCGAAAAGUAAGACUUUGACUGGGUAUGUCUUUUUUUGUAGAAUUUUGAGAGAUUUUUAUACCGUGUGUGUGUGUAUAAUUUUUUUUUUUGGAUAUAAGAAGUUGUUAGGUUAUGCGGAAUUUUUAUUUGUACAUAUAAGCGGACUCACUAGACAAUUGGAAAAAGAGAAAAAAAAAAGCACUAAAUUGCCACAAUAAAAUUAUAAGAAAGGCAGCACUCCUCAAAGGGGAGUCCCCAAUAAUCCCCUAAUGGUUACAGAUAGCAAGAACAAACAGAAAUAUAAGGAUGCGCCUAAAACUUGAUAAAAUAAAAGACUAAAUUAGUCAGAUAAAAUACAGAAUAAAAUAAGUAAUAAAACAAUAGUCCAAUAAAAUAGGCUUAUCACAGGCCGUGAGGGUAGGUCCCACUUGUAAAGGAAUAUUCUUUAGGGUGUAGGUGGGAUCGUAUCUUCAAAUGUUGAGAAUUCAGCAUAUGUGGAGAGAAAAAUAAAAACAGGACUCCAAUGGCACAGUAAAUCGGUGUAUAAAAUAAAUGUAAAAGUAUAAAAUCAGUCUUACUCACACUUUUCAGAGCUAGGAUCAGCUCUGAUAUUGCUCGCGUAAAGUGGAAUAAUCCCCACUUCAAGGAUAUAUGGAGUACAUUUUGAUAGUUGAAUAUCUGACGUGGGUUCAGUGUUCAAUUUGACGUAAUACGACCCAGAGGAAAAAAUGAAAUAAAAUAUAUAGUGCUCACUGUAUGUAAUAAAAUUAAAAGAAAGUAAAGUAUACUACUCACGUAAAGUAGAGCAGACUCAAAACUGCUCAGUGAAGGCGCUCGGGUGGUAUAAUCCCCACCUAUGGAUUCUUUGCACUUCCUGCAGGGUGAGCCGUAUACGUAAAAGCAAUAAAAGAAAAUGUAUGUAAAAUCAGUUAAAGGAGAAAGCAAAUGGCAAUAAAGUAUUUUAUGCCAAUAAAAUAUCUUUAUUAUAAAAUUAAGAACAAAAUCUAUUAAUAUCUAAACGCGUUUCGCCUUAACAGGCUUCUUCAAGUAGAUAGUGGGAAAGAGGGGGGGCAUACCUGACAUACAUAAGCUUAUAUAGUAUGUAAUAGUACUUUAAAUUUAAAAUUCCCGCCAAAAUGACGUCAUAAAAUUAGCAUAUAGAUAAUACAGGGAAGUUAUUAUAAAACAGUUAUUACACACAUAAAAAUUGAUAAUACAAUGAUAAAAAGCAUAUUUGCAUUGUUUAAAUAUUAAAACGAAGGUUAUAAUUUACUUUUUAAAUAAAAUAAAAAAAGAAAGAAAACGGUCACGUGACGCGGGAUAAGAAGUACUUCCGCGUCACAUGAUGCUCUGUGGCAUAUAGUGUAAGGGGCUGUGGCUCAGCACAUAAGCUCACUGACUGCAGGCAGACAGCCAGCCCCACAUGAGUUCGAAUCCAGUGAAGGACAACAUGACUGAUAUCUACACAGGCAAAAUAAAAUAUAUAUAAUGAAUUAAUUAAAUUAUUAAAAUAAUAAACAGCAAGUUUUUCAUAUAUUUUGUGCAAAAACAUAGAUAAAAUUAACCAUGAUUAUUUGCACAUAUGUGCUUGUAUAAAUAUAUAUAUAUAUAUAUAUAUAUAUAUAUAUAUAUAUAUAUAUAUAUAUAUAUAUAUAUAUAUAUAUAUAUAUAUAUAUAUAUAUAUAAAAAUGUUUGUAAUAUAAUAGAAUAUAAAAUACAAUUAUAAUCAGUAGGAUAGUAUAUAUACAUAUAUAUUUAUAUAGGCACUUUUCAAUAUAAGUUAAAAAGGGGAAGAGGAGAGUAAAAAACAAUACUUAAAGGGGUAUCCUUAAAAAUGCAGCAAUAUUAUAAAAAAUUAAAAAGAUCAAAAUCAAUGUUAAGGCCAGUGGGAGCGAGAGUUUUCAAGUUAUAUGCCCAUUCCAUUUCUUUUUUGCCUAAGACUUUCUUAAUGUCUCCACAUAUAUAUAUAUAUAUAUAUAUAUAUAUAUUUUUAUAUUUAAUUUUUAUAUUUAUAUUUAAUUUUUAUAUUUAUAUUUAAUUUUUAUAUUUAUAUUUAAUUUUUAUAUUUAUAUUUAAUUUUUAUAUUUAUAUUUAAUUUUUAUAUUUAUUUAGAUUUUAUUAUUUGUUUAUUAUUUUUUAUUAGUUAUUUUUUAUUUAUUACUAUUUCUUUUCUGACUAUAUAUAUAUAUAUAUAUAUAUAUAUAUAUAUAUAUAUAAAUAAAUAAUUUUUUAUUUUUUUUAUUUUAUUUUUUUGUGCCUUAGGUCUCUGGUGGACCCGCAUAUGUAUGUAUGUGUGUGUGUGUGUGUGUGUGUGUGUAUAUGUAUGUGUAUAUAUAUAUAUAUAUAAUUUUUUGUCUCUGUAUCUGUUCUUGUGUGUGUGUGUGUGUGUAUAAAUGUAUGUGUGUGUAUAUAUAUAUAUAUAUAUAUAUAUAAUACACUUUUUUUUUUUUUUGUCAUAGAUGUGAGUGCUCUGUUAUUCAUUGGCACUUUGAUGUAAAGCUUGGGAUUAGAAUUAUAAUAUGUGCGUUAGACGUAAGUGCUGCUGUGCAUUUCAUAGACUUGUCCAAUGAAGAACUCAUGACGUCAGAACCUGGAAGGACGCUACAUCGUGGAAAAAUUUGAUUACUGAAGAAAACCUGUACUGAAGGAUAUAUAAAGAAGCGAUCCUGAAUUACACUCUUAUCCCUGAAGAAGUCCUCUUUUACGAAACGCGUUGGAUUGAGCAUUUUGGAUAGACUUUUAUUUUUUUUUAUUUUCAUAUCUUUUUGAUUUUAAGAUUGUAAAGAUUUUAACAUUAGUCACCUGAAUUUCUUGUUAUGAGCUGGCUAAUGACACCGCUUCAUUUUGAGCUUUCAACUCUUUAGCAGAUAACUCCCUUAUUGGCUUAUUGCUUAUUGUACUGAUUUUAUUAAAUUAUUUAUCACACAGCUGAAACAUCAAAAUUAACAAAAGCCCUUUUCUUCAUUUUAAUCUUUCAAUUGUUUAGUAGAUAACUCCUUUUUUUUUUAUCCUUUUGUGGGAUUGCCAUAUUUAAGGAUACCAAAUUAGGGAGCUAUAUACUAAACACACAAUCAUAUGCUUACACACAAUCACAGAUGCACAGGCAGUCUCCAUGCAUUGCUAUGGGGAUGGUUGCCAUGGAUCUUCUACCUGGUGGCCAGGGUUGGCAAUAGGUUUGCUGUGCUUUUCCUGCACAAUUCCCUCACACGCCCUCUAGUAAUGCCAGAAUAUGUCGUUCUAUUCCGGCUGCUGGCACAGUGUUGAUUGUGUGUGGCAGUUGCGCAGGAAGAAUAGAGCUUGUUCACUGCCCUUUCAUACCUGCCCAUUCCCUUUUCCCUUGCAACGAUGCCGUAGUUCUCCACACUCCUGUUUCUGUAAUAAUUCUAAUAAGGAAGUCCCUACUUCUACAUUAGUGAUAUCAAUUACAACCUUGUUUGACUGUAACUCAUUUUAGGAUGCAAGCUGCACUCUCAGCCAUAGAAUGUCAUCCAAAUAUGCAUGGAAUCGAUAUAUCUAAAGUCGAAAUUUUGCUUUUGCAAUACAUGUAUCACAAAUUAAGUUGGCAGCAGGGGACCACAUUCAGAUUAGCUCCCUUACAGUAGACUUCCCCAAUAAGUAUCUCUUGUCUAAAUAUGCCAUUACCAAAAUCAGUUGUAUUUUUUUAUUUUUAUUUAUUAAUGACAACCAUGGAGAAAAUGCAUGAAUUGGCAAUGCUGACAGUGCAUGGUAACAUAUGUUACCUGCUUAGAGGUGAGUGACAUAGUAGAGAACUCUACUGAUUUGUAUUGUAAAGGACUAGUAUUUUUGCAUGAUGCAGGGGCGCUGCUAUGAGCCCCUUCUUCAUACAGUGCCCCCCCAAUUGAAAAUUGAGCAGAGCCGGCACAACCUUUGUUUAAGGCGCUGACUGCCACUUGGCAUGGGUGGGGUCGAGAUACACUAUUAGAGGCCUUGGUGUCUGAGGGUUCUGCUGGUAUCUUGGCUUUUCCUAGAACUGUACUGUUUUAGAAUCUGUUAAAGCCACUCCCCCAACUUGGGAGUCACAACCCCGAGUGCUCCUAUGGUAACUGGGACUACUACUGCCUUCACUUUUCACAUUCUUUCUAGCUUUUCUUUCAGUCAUUGGCAUUUGUCUAUCUUCCCAAUGUUAUAGUCACUGGGUAUUGACAAAUCUACCACAACUGCAGUCUUCCAUUCCUUGUCAAGCACCACAAUGUCAGGUUGGCUGGACAGGCACUCCAAUGUCUUCAGGCACCUUUAUUAGAAAAUGUAUAUUUAAUAAUCUCCUAACCCUAUAGAAUACAUACACCCUCUCCCUACUAAUCGCUAUAUAUCACACACCAAUAUUAUAUACUUUUAUUUCUUUUUUACUAUUUGUGUUUUUGUUUUUCAUCUACAUACUUCAUACCACUAACAUGAAUCCAAAUAUGACCAUACUGUUAUUCUUAAUAACCCUUUUCUCACUUUAAUUUUGUUCACAUCACUACCACCAUAAGCACACACCUCAAACUGGAAAACAAAUUAUCAUUCACCAUGGCCUGCUCUGUUGCUGUAACUUAGCUGGUGGAGAGUUCUAAAAAAUAGCCUGCCUACCCCCAACUCACAAAAUUACAAAGUAUCCCAUCCACUAUAUGGCCAAACAAAAAUGAUGUCCAAUUCCUAUUCCUUAUGUUAUUUGCCCUCACAAAUGAUGUGGAGUCUAACCCUGGUCCCCCAACUAAUUCUAGUCCUAAUCUCCCCACUAAAAAAAAGCCUCUCUUUUGUACACUGCAACAUCCGUAGCCUUCUCCCUAAACUGGAUGCACUACAAGCCUGGUAUUCCCAUUACAAAACAAAAAUCAUUGUGCCUUCAGAAUCAUGGUUAACAACUAAACUACCAAACGCCGCCAUUGCAAUACAAGGGUAUUCAUGUUUUAGAAAUUAUAGAGCAAAGAGAGGAGGAGGCACUGUUAUUUAUGUUGACAAGUCCGUAAAAUUUACUCCUUUAAAACAACUAAAAUUCCACUUCUGCCUUUGAUUUCCUUUCUGGCACAAUUAAGAUCCCUUUCAGUAAAACUAUCAUUGUUGCUGGAAUCUACCGCCCACCUAGCUCUCCGGUGCACUCCCUUUCUGACAUAGACAACUACUAAAUGAAACUGUAGCUCAAAACCAAAAAAGUGAACUAUUGGUUUUUGGAGAUUUUAAUAUUGAUUGGCUGAAUCCUAAAAAUAUAAAUCAUGUACGCUGCAGCUAACACAAUUAAUUUCCUCCCCAACUCGCAUUAAAGGACCACUAUAGUGCCAGGAAAACAUACUAAUUUUCCUGGCACUAUAGUGCCCUGAGGGUGCCCCCACCCUCAGGGACCCCCUCCCGCCCGGCUCUGGGGAGAAGAAAGGUGUUAAAGCUUACCUUUUUCCAGCGCUGGGCGGGGAGCUCUCCUCCUCCGAUCCUCCUCCCAUUCGGCUGAAUGCACACGCGCGGCAAGAGCUGCGCGCGCUUUCAGCCGGUCUCAUAGGAAAGCAUUUACAAUGCUUUCCUAUGGACGCUUGCGUGUUCUCACUGUGAUUUUCACAGUGAGAAUCACGCAAACGCCUCUAGCGGCUGGAUUAACCCAUUUAAUGUGUGUAUAUAAUGCAGUGUGUGUUUGUAUGAGUGUGUGUGUAGAAUGCAGAUUGAAUGAGUGUGUGUGUUUGUGUGUGUGUGAACUGGGUGGAAGGAGGGCAUUUUUAUUAUUAAUUUUUUAUUUGAAUAUUUAAGUUUUUUAUUUUAAUAGUUUUUAUUGUAUUUUUUUUUUUUGUAUUUAUUUUUAAUUUAAUUUUUGUCCCCCCCCUCCCUGCUUGUUAGCUGGCCAGGGAGGGGGGCUCUCACUCCCUGGUGGUCCAGUGUAUGGGCUGUGUAGGAGGGGGGGCUGACAGUGAGCAGUUACUUACCUUUCCUGUGGCUCCUGUCAGCUCCCUUCUUCUCCGUGCAGCUCCUCUGUCAGCUCCCACUGUAAGUCUCGCGAGAGCCGCGGUGAUCAUAUGUUUCAGACCGAUUGCAAUAUGUGUCCAUUUCUGAUAGCACCUCCCUCCCUCUUCUAGUCACGUGUGGUGUUCCCCGACGGUAUCCAUACUCUGCCUCCUGCUAUUCACAUUAUUUAUAAAUGAUCUGCCUAACUUAUCCAAACCUUCAAAAGUAUACAUGUAUGCAGACGACAUUGUAAUAUACGCUAGUAAACCCAAUCUACCGCAGCUUGAGGCUGUGCUCCAAAACCAAUUCACAGAGGUAGAAAAGUGGAUAGCAGAUAACAAACUCUUCCUAAACACUGACAAAACUAUUACAAUGAUCUUUGGAACUGUACCUAAAUUACGUAAACUACAAAAUCAACAACUGUGUAUCAGAACAAAUUGCAAAAGCACACUGACAGCAGUCUGCUUUUUCAAAUAUCUCCGUAUGUUGCUAGACCCCAAUCUAUCCUUUGGCCUUUACAUUGAAAAAAACUCUUCAAAACUUUACUCAAAACUAGGUGCCCUGUACAGAAACAAAUCCUGCCUAAGCCCUACAAUAAGGAAACAGUGCAACAAAUGCUAAUGCCAGUCAUUGGUUAUGGGUAUGCAGUGUAUUUACCUGCACUGCAAACCCACCGUAAUAAACUUAAUAUGUUCUAUAAUUCAUUCUGCCGCUUUGUACUAGAAUGUAAUUACUUUACCCACCAUUGUGACAUGUUAAAAGAGCUAAACUGGCUACCGCUGGAAUCCCUACGCACUCAUCUUUCCGGCCUUGUGCAUAAGAGCUGGGAAGCUCCUACCCUACCUGAGUAGAAUGGUCUCCCCAGCUGUUCCCACCUCCUAUAACCUCCGAUCCAGUACUAGCACAAUAUUUAGCAUACCGCAAUAGAAAAAUAAAGUGGCUCGAUCCUCCUUUUCUUACAGAGCACUGCAAUUAUGGAAUAACCUCAGGGACACAGUCAAAUCUUCAUUCAAUCUAAAAUCUUUUAAGAGAUCUAUACCAAUAUACCUCAGCACAGAAUGCACCUGUUAUGGUUGAAUAUAUUUAUUACCAGGACAUACUUGAAAACAAGAGAAAUCUCAAUGUAUCCAUCCUGGUAAAAUGUUUUAUAAAAAAAAAUAAAUGUGAAACACUGCAACGUUUCGAAUCCUAAUGGAGUUUUUGUGUUGUCUGCACCUUGGGUCUUGCCUGUUGUGGUAGACUCCUGCUUCUGUUGAUUGGGUGCUGAAUGCCUGUUCCUGUGCUGCUAGGUUUAAUGUCUCAGUGGUGUCUUUCAGUCCUGCCUUUUCCAACCACUGGUAGGAUUUUGUCAUAUGAGCCACAUCCACUAUCUGCUGGUGUUACACCCCAUGGAGAGGUUUGUCUUGCCAUGGAACGUCCUCCUUUUCUGCAUCCUCUGUCUGUUGAAGUCUCAGGCAUUUGUUUAGGAAUUCAUCUUUGGGAGCCAUCUUUGUCAUGUACUUAUGGAUGCUGUGUGUUUUAUCCAGGACUGUGGCCUCGACACUCAUCAGGCCCUAACCUCCUUUGGUGUACAGUCUCUGGGUGCUGGAUAUUGGAUGCCAUUUGUAGUGAAAUUACAACUCAAGGCCAAGAUAGAUAAUCACACACAUUUUAUACUGGCCCCCAUGUAUCCCCCUUAGAUUUGAAUCCUGGAGAUGCGACUAGUAUUAAGUGGAUAUACAGAGUAUUAACCAAUUAAUAUAAUUAUUAAAUUUAUUUACUCUGCCUUAUUGUAUUUGCUGUUGCUUUUUGUUUCACACUUGAUAAAGAAUUAAAUGGCUUGUCUAUUGUAUUUUUUUCCUUUAAUAAUAAAUCCUUACACAUUCAACUCCCAUAUGUCUAACUUAUAUAAAGCACUACUAUAGUAAUUGAGAUCAAUAUUUAUAUUAAGCACUUCUACACUCAGCCAUUUAAUCACUUAGCAAGGAGCCUUCUCCCCUUUGUCAUCCCUCUAACAGUUUCAUUGUGUUUCUUGCGGAAAGAUGUGUGUAAUGCUUGAGAAAUAAGAUCAUUUAUUUCCUGUUUUGUGUUUAUUAGCAUGCGUGAGCUUAUGUUUUUAAGGUUUUUCUGCUCCAUACAUAAGUUAAUCCAGAUGUGAGGACUACAGCAGACACGUGUUUUGGUAAGGUCUGUAUGAGCAAAUACAUAUCUUCAACAUAGUGUAUUGACCCAGUCAGUGUCUGGAAUUAAUCUGCAUCAGUCAGAUGAGGACUACUAGUUCUGCAGAACAUCAGCAGAACAGGCUAGAGGCUAUAACCCAAUUGCUCAGUGGAUAGUGCAGCAUACGUCAUGUAGAAGCACCAUUUCUGGAAACCUCUUUUUUAAGUGCUGCAAGUUAAGAUUAUUCGUUGAAAAAUGUUUUUCUUAACUAUUAACUCCUAAACAAAACCAUUUACUUAUAGUACUUUUUAUAUUCAAUGCUCAGCCCUUCUACAUCUUUGACGAUUGAACUGCAAAGUUUCCCAAGAAGCUUUAACUGUUGAGUACACAAUUCAUAGUUAUUAUCUAGUGUUUUUAUUAUUGGUUUUCAAACAUUUUUAUAUAGGUCUGCAGGACAUACAUUGCAUUUCAAUGGUAAAUAAAACCUCAGAUGAACACCACAUUACAUAUUACACCAUAUUAUUAUUUAUUUAAAGGGACUCUCCAGUGCCAGGAAAACAAUCAGUUUUCCUGGCACUGCAGGUCCCCUCUCCCUCCCACCUCCGAAUCCCUGGUUGCUGAAGGGGUGAAAACCCCUUCAGUGACUUACCAAAGGCAGCGACGUGUCCUACUUCGCUGCUUCUUCCGCCGCCGCUCCUCCUCUUCAUUACGUCGGCCGGUGGACGAGACUGAUUCCGCCGGCCGGGAGGACCUGGCAGUGCCGCGCAUGCGCAUUAGAGGUCUCCAUAGGAAAGCAUUGAAAAUGCUUUUCAAUGCUUUCCUAUGGGGAAUUGAGCGACGCUGGAAGUCCUCACACAGGGCCCUAUUUAGCCUUGUACUGCAGAGAGCCCCAGAUGGAAUUUUUUUCCCCAAGUAGGUUAAUCUCAUAAGAGCAGACAUUAGGCUGUUAGUGUAGGACCUGCCAAAGAUGGGGUACAUUGACGUUGUGGCAGGCUUAUGCAAUGUAUGAUCAUAUAAUGUAACUAAACCCCCAUUGAAGUUGCUGUUUAGUGGAUAGGUGAGUGCGCUGGAUCUUGUGUAUUAUUUAUAUAUAUAUAUAUAUAUAUAUACAUAUAUAAAUAUAUACGUAUAUCACUAUAUAUAUAUUUUAACCCCUUUAGACCGGAGGAUGUACAAUUACGCCCUAUUUUAGGCGGCUCUAAACGCCGCCGGGCGUAAUUGUACGCCCUCCGGUUUUUGUUAAUUACCGUCGCCGCCACCGCCGGGCGGAGCUCCCCCAGUGUGGGGUCUGGCUGUUUGUAAUGUUUGUGCAAUGAUUGCUGUCUGUAGUGUGCAGUGUUUGCUGGCUGUGUAUAAUAUGCGUGUGCCGUGUUUGCAAGCUGUGUGUGAUUGCUGUCUGUCUGUAGUGUAAUACUUGCUGGCUGUGUGUGGUUUGUGUGAUGUUUACAGGCUGUGCAUAAUGUGUGUGCUCUUUUACAUUCCCUUCACCUCUUGCACUGUUUUCUGCAGGGAGGAUAUCUAUAGUCCUUUGGGAGUUAAAAGUCCUGGUGUCUAGUGGAGGAGCAUGUAUUCUUAAUCUCUUGCAGGUGAAGAGCACAAUACUCACUCCCUUGCUGUAAAAGCACUCAGUGAUUCAGUGCAUGCUGAAAAACCCGAGAAGGGCACUCUGACUCAUCAGUGAGCUCUGGUCUGCAACGGAGCAAUUAUGGUGUUCUGAACCCAGUUGUAGCAGGGCUAAAAGCCCCCUCAAAAAUACCUGUGCAGUGCCCAGAACUACAGCAUGUCACAGGCACCAACAAUAUGAUUUUUUCAUCCCUGGGUAACAAUACCUAGAAUGAACCUUUAAACAUACCGUGUUGCAGUAUUUAAUAUAUAUUUUCAGAAUUGCCAAACUAGGCAACAGAGACUGCCCACAGUAAUAUUUAUGAAUUAAGUAAAUUGAUGGCCAAGAAUUUGACAUUUAGAUUUUUUUCUUUUCAUAAAGUAAACGAACAUACUUAUUUAUAUGCUGCUUUCAAGAUAUUCUAGUGUUACUAUGAAAUCACUUGCUUUUUACCACAUUUUUGCGUAAAAUUACAUAUUAAGUUGAUAUGUUGCAUCAAAAGGCAUAUUUAUCUACAUUAUUAUUAUUUAUCAAACUCUGACAAAUUCCACAGCACUGUGCAAUAGAAUGACUGUUGGCUUUUGUGAUUUUGGUCAUGCAACUUGUCAUAGAAAAAGCUGUUAGUUAAAUACCAUUUUAUGAAAUUUGUUUGCCAAUUUAUAAUGUUAUCUAUAUUAAUUGCAUGGUCUAUUUUUGUUUGUUUUUUAAUGUUUUUAAUAGAAACCAAGCCAUUAUAACAUUUCUCAUAAUGUCUUUUUGUCCCCUUUUAAACUUCCUGUUUAGGCCUGUGUAGAGGAAAUGGAUAGUAACCUAUACACAACAUAUUUAUGUGCUAUUAAUUGCAAGUAUAAUUGAGGAAGUGGGAAUGUUAGUUUGUAAUAAAGAUAUUUUUCUCUUGUUUAACGUUCUAUUAGCAAAGGAUUUUUUUUCUCCACACUCCACUGUUAUUGUUUUUUUGUUUUUUAAAGUGGGAAGAAUUUAUUCAGUGGUUUAUAAAGUAUUCUAUUACAGGUACUGGCACUGAACCGUACGUUAUGUCAGCAGAUAAGAGCCCACCAAAUUUUCUGAAUCAUACUUUUUUAGGACAGCUUUUUUGUACACAUUCCAAUCAUUCUUGAAUACCUACUGCAUUAGUCCUGGUUAGUUCUACUGGAAGCUACAAUGGAUAUUUACUAGCCUUACUGUAUAAUACAAUUUUCAUCUGUUUUCCAACUUCCACCAUAAAACCAUUUGCUCCUGUUGUAGUAAAGCCCUUUUUAACAUCUAUUUUAUGAGCUGUAUGUAAUUUCUUAUGAUGAUAAAUAUUUUUCUCACAUGUCGCCUUUCUCUCCAAGGUACAAAAUGUAAAAGAGUAGAGAGAACAGGUGAGAUAUAGAUAGAUGUUUUAUAGAAGUGUUUUGGAGAUCUGAAGAGCUCAAGAAAACUAUUCUAAAAUACAUAAGAUUUAAAAAAAAUAUAUAUAUAUAUAUAUAUAUAUAUAUAUAUAUAUAUAUAAUGUUCAGUGUUCAGCAUAGGAUUGGUAUUGUUGUAUGGAUAUACAGUCAAAGCCAUUGUCUAUACAACUGGUAGAGUAUACACAUCAUUAUUUAAGCUCUUAAAUACACUGGGACUGGGACACUCCAGACCACUAACACACUUUAGCUUGAAGAGUGUGUCUUCUUUUUCUCAUUUUACAAAAUAGAAAUUGUCCGUAUCUCUUUUUUUUUUUUUUUUUCAUAUUCGUAUUUUAUUGAGUUUUCCAAACAACCAUGUGGGGGGUACAGAAAGGAAAAAGGGGGGGGAGGGUGUAUCCACAAGCAUAUAGUAGAUAGGUACAGUGUAAUAGUUACUAAUAUUCAGAUACAUACAGAUACAUACAGUUUGUUAUAAACAUUACGUUUUGUGCUUUCGUUAAUACAUACACCUGUGCAUCCAGCCAGUCUUAGUCAGUCGUGCCUCUUAUGUCAUGUCGUGUUUGAGGCCGUCCUCUUUUGUAAGGCUGCCUAUGUGUGCCUGGCAAUUCACCCUGUGUGCGUACUAUCAGUUAUGUAUUUACUCAAUUUUUGCCAAUUAUUGUGUGUGACAUCUCUGCGUCUGGGUGUCGUAGUAAUCAUCAUUUCAUGUCUCAGAUACUGUUGUGUCUUGUGGAGUAGUUGCUGUAGCGUCGGGCAUGUCUGUUGUUUCCAGUGGCAUGCAAUAAGGUUGCGCGCAGCAAGUGCCAUCAUAAUCAGUAGUUGUUUGUCCUGUGCAGGAAUUUGAGCAGGCAUCAGGAACAACAGACUCAUGGUGGGAGUUAGAGUUCCCUUCAUAAGUCCUAAAGAAUUGCCCAGUCUUUGGACUUCAGUCCACAGCGGAAUAAUGUUUGGGCAAUCCCACCAGACAUGCCUCAUCGUCCCUACCUCUUGAAAGCAUCGCCAGCACGUGUUGUGUGUUGCUGGGUAGAUUUUAUGUAGUUUGUGGGGUGUGAGGUACCACCGAUAUACAAGUUUCUUAUGUGCCUCUAUGUGUGAGUAACAAGAAGUCACUCCUUUGAGUGCCCCAAGUGACUGUAGCCACUGCUCGUUAUUUAGCUGUGGGAGUCCUUCUUUAUGCCAUUGUAUCGUAAAAGCGAAAUUCGUUAGCAGGGGGUGUUGUCCUAAGGCGGCAUAUCCAAGGGAUAGAGCUUUGGCUUUGAUUGGUGUGUUCCGGCACCUAUUGUAUAUAGCUAUAAGGUCUGGGUUAGGGGCGGGAGUAUGUUGGGUCUGGGUGUGGACCCUAUCUUUAAUUAUGCUUUUGAGUUGGAGGUAUGGGAAUAUGUAGUUAGAUGGUAAGGCAUAUUUGAGUUGAAUGUCAGGGAAGGGCAACACGGUUCCAUUUUGAUAGAUAUCGGUGAUGUGUGUGAUGCCCUUGUCUUUCCAUUUAUGUAAAGAUAACCAUGGGGAUAUGGAGUGGAGCGUUGUUAUCGGGGCCCAUGGAGAGAAUUUCGUAAUAUUCUAAUAUCUUUUAUGGAGAUUGUCCCAUAUUUGGAUUGUGGUUGUCCGUAUCUCUUUUAAGGACUAUUGCUCUUUUGCAAUGCCUUAUAUUCAUGCCACCACAACUUUACCCUUUUUGCUUAAAGGAUCACUAUAGGGUCAGGAACACAAACGUAUUCCUGACCCUAUAGUGUUAAAACCACCAUCUGGGCCCCUUAUGCCUCCAUAAAUAUAGCAAAAUCUUACUGCAUUCAAGCCUGAAGCUGUAGAUCUGCAUGCUGUUUGCCUCAGAAAAACUGUCUGCUGACAUCAUCAGACGUGGUAGCCUGAUCCAAUCACAAUGCUUCUCCAUAGGAUUUGCAGAGACUGACAAAGAGGCAGAUCAGGGGCAGAGCCAGCACCAUAUAGUUUUUUAAUUGAAUCAAUGAAUCUCCAUGAGGAAAGUUCAAUGUCUGCAUGCAGAGGGAGGAGACACUAAAUGUUUGGAUGCAUUUUAGGCAACCAGGACCCAGGAAGGAUCUCUAACAGCCAUCUGAGGAGUGGCCAGUAAAGUUAUCACUAGGCUGUAAUGUAAACACUACUUUUUCUCUGAAAAGACAGUGUUUACAGCAAAAAGCCUGAAGGUAAUGAUUUUACACACCAGAACAAAUCCAAUAAGCUGUAGUUGUCCUGGUGACUAUAGUGUCCCUUUAAGUUCCCCCAUACGUGAAUCAUGAAUUUGGAGGUCUGGAAGCUUGUAUCAGGCAGAUUUUUGGUGGUUUUAGUCCUGACGUGGAUGAGCGGUGGUUCUACUUCUAUGGUAGCUGAUUAAAACUGAGAGCAGUGGAGGAAAUAGUGCAGAGAUAUGUCUUAUCUACUGUCUGCACUUUUUUUUUUUUUUCGUCCACCUGUGGCUAACCAAAGUGUGAUGUAAAGUCAAGGGCAGGACAGGCAACUUUUUAAAGUUUCUUUAUGUCUCCAUGCCGCAACACCGCUUCCCAUCUGCAGUUCCAUCAACUGUGUGAAUGUGAACGUAUGGGAAAUGGUUGUAAGGUAGGGUAAAUUAUAUAGGACAUGUAGAUGGAAAAACCUUCACCCCUGUUAUGUACAGGGAGUGCAGAAUUAUUAGGCAAAUGAGUAUUUUGACCACAUCAUCCUCUUUAUGCAUGUUGUCUUACUCCAAGCUGUAUAAGCUCGAAAGCCUACUACCAAUUAAGCAUAUUAGAUGAUGUGCAUCUCUGUAAUGAGAAGGGGUGUGGUCUAAUGACAUCAACACCCUAUAUCAGGUGUGCAUAAUUAUUAGGCAACUUCCUUUCCUUUGGCAAAAUGGGUCAAAAGAAGGACUUGACAGGCUCAGAAAAGUCAAAAAUAGUGAGAUAUCUUGCAGAGGGAUGCAGCACUCUUAAAAUUGCAAAGCUUCUGAAGCGUGAUCAUCGAACAAUCAAGCGUUUCAUUCAAAAUAGUCAACAGGGUCGCAAGAAGCGUGUGGAAAAACCAAGGCGCAAAAUAACUGCCCAUGAACUGAGAAAAGUCAAGCGUGCAGCUGCCACGAUGCCACUUGCCACCAGUUUGGCCAUAUUUCAGAGCUGCAACAUCACUGGAGUGCCCAAAAGCACAAGGUGUGCAAUACUCAGAGACAUGGCCAAGGUAAGAAAGGCUGAAAGACGACCACCACUGAACAAGACACACAAGCUGAAACGUCAAGACUGGGCCAAGAAAUAUCUCAAGACUGAUUUUUCUAAGGUUUUAUGGACUGAUGAAAUGAGAGUGAGUCUUGAUGGGCCAGAUGGAUGGGCCCGUGGCUGGAUUGGUAAAGGGCAGAGAGCUCCAGUCCGACUCAGACGCCAGCAAGGUGGAGGUGGAGUACUGGUUUGGGCUGGUAUCAUCAAAGAUGAGCUUGUGGGGCCUUUUCGGGUUGAGGAUGGAGUCAAGCUCAACUCCCAGUCCUACUGCCAGUUCCUGGAAGACACCUUCUUCAAGCAGUGGUACAGGAAGAAGUCUGCAUCCUUCAAGAAAAACAUGAUUUUCAUGCAGGACAAUGCUCCAUCACACGCGUCCAAGUACUCCACAGCGUGGCUGGCAAGAAAGGGUAUAAAAGAAGAAAAUCUAAUGACAUGGCCUCCUUGUUCACCUGAUCUGAACCCCAUUGAGAACCUGUGGUCCAUCAUCAAAUGUGAGAUUUACAAGGAGGGAAAACAGUACACCUCUCUGAACAGUGUCUGGGAGGCUGUGGUUGCUGCUGCACGCAAUGUUGAUGGUGAACAGAUCAAAACACUGACAGAAUCCAUGGAUGGCAGGCUUUUGAGUGUCCUUGCAAAGAAAGGUGGCUAUAUUGGUCACUGAUUUGUUUUUGUUUUGUUUUUGAAUGUCAGAAAUGUAUAUUUGUGAAUGUUGAGAUGUUAUAUUGGUUUCACUGGUAAUAAUAAAUAAUUGAAAUGGGUAUAUAUUUGUUUUUUGUUAAGUUGCCUAAUAAUUAUGCACAGUAAUAGUCACCUGCACACACAGAUAUCCCCCUAACAUAGCUAAAACUAAAAACAAACUAAAAACUACUUCCAAAAAUAUUCAGCUUUGAUAUUAAUGAGUUUUUUGGGUUCAUUGAGAACAUGGUUGUUGUUCAAUAAUAAAAUUAAUCCUCAAAAAUACAACUUGACUAAUAAUUCUGCACUCCCUGUAUACUUUUUUUGUAUGAGUAAAUAGGGCUUUUGUUUGAUACUCUAUAAACAAUACAAUAUUAAAUAGAAGUAAAUGUUUUGUAUUCAAUCAUUACUACACAAGUGCAACUAAAGAAAAAUAUCUCAAAAUAGAUUCACUAAUUAGCCCAAAUAGUUAAAAUGGCCAAUAUGCUUUGGAUUUGUUAUUUUUUUUGAACAUUAGAGAACAAAACUUGCAAGGAGUGAAUUAUGUUUUUAAAGCUAAAGCUUUGCAAAAUGUAGUAUGCUGAGGUUAUAACUUUAAAGUGAUACUAUAGGCACCAAAGCAACUUUAGCUUAAUUAAGCAGUUUUGGUGUAUAUAUCAUGCCCCUGUAGUCUCACUGCUAAAUUAUCUGCCAUUUAGGAUUUAAAUCACUUUUUUUGUAUCUGUUUAUACAGCCCUGGCCAAAUUUCGACUAGGUGUGACUGAAAAUGAAACCAUUUCAUUUAUGCAAGCUGAGUCAGUCAGACUUUAAUUGGCUUAAGAAGUUUUUUCUUCCUGCUUUGUAAAUCGAACUUUAAUCACACACAGGAGGUUUCUGCUUGACAGAGCAGAAGAUUAGAAAUUCUAAAUUAAACAGAAUGUGCAACAAAGGAAGUCCAACCCCUUAAAGGACCACUCUAGGCACCCAGACCACUUCAGCUUAAUGAAGUGGUCUGGGUGCCAGGUCCAGCUAGGAUUAACCCAUUUUUUUUUAUAAACAUAGCAGUUUCAGAGAAUGGGUUAAUCCUUCCUCCAAUUCCUCUAGCGGGUGUCUCAUUGACAACCGCUAGAGGCGCUUGCGUGAUUCUCACUGUGAAAAUCACAGUGAGAACACGCAAGCGUCCAUAGGAAAGCAUUGUAAAUGCUUUCCUAUGCGACCGGCUGAAUACGCGCGCAUUCAGCCGAGUGGGAGGAACGGAGGAGGAGAGCUCCCCACCCAGCGCUGGAAAAAGGUAAGUUUUUACCCCUUUCCUCUCCCCAGAGCCGGGCAGGAGGGGGACCCUGAGGGUGGGGGCACCCUCAGGGCACUAUAGUGCCAGGAAAACGAGUGUGUUUUCCUGGCACUAUAGUGGUCCUUUAAGGACAGAGGCAGUUGGCUAAAACAAAACCUACAAUUUGAGAUAUACAUUUGUUGAACCAUAAUUUACCACUUUUGUAUUAAGUGCACCCAUACUUAUUUAUCAUUUUGUUAAGGAGAUAUAGAGCUUUUGUUUCACAUCAAAUAUUUAAAUAUGAAAUAUAUAUAUGAAGUAGAAAUGUUAUUUUAAAGUUGCAUUUUAACUGUGUUCUGUUAGCUUUUGCUGCAAUAUAACAUGCAUGUGUAUGCUGUGAUGUCCCACACAUUUAUAUAAUGAUGCCUACUCACCCCCCCAUGUGCAUUUUCUAUUGGAAACAAAUAUAGGGUUUUCUCAUUUUAGUUUUACAGAUUGGUAUGCUGGGUCUAUCUUGCCUAUGAGACAGUAUGGAAGCCAGGAAUGAGGAUUACCCCAACCAUGGCAUACCAUUCCCAAACAUAGGCAACCCAGGAUUUUCAAAAUGGGUGUGUCCAGUCUUUUUUAGUAGUCUCUUACCACAAACCACGGCCAAAGUUAGUGUUUUUGCACACAAAACUGCACUUUCCCUGAUGAUAUCAAAGUCAUUAUAUGUCUUAUUGCUCUAAAACAUUUUUAAGUUCAGCAAUGUCUCACAAGUAAAACAGUAACCCUCCCCCCAUGUACAGGUUUUAUGGGGUUUUGAAAAGUUACAGGACAAACCAUGGAGCAUGACUAUAUUAGUCUUCAUACCUGGAGAUAUGACAAAGUUAAUUUCUUUGGGCCUAGGUUGCCUUUAAGAUAGUAUGGCAGCCUAGGUGGUAAUAUGUUCAGCAUUAUGGCAUACCAUUUUCAGUAGUAGGCAACCCAUAGUAUUCCAAGUAGUGUAUUUUAAGUAGUUUGGUCUAGCCACUUUAUCACCAAUGCAGGUCCCAUUUAGUGGUCAUACUUUUAUAUGUGUUUUUUACACGUUAUUUAAAUUUUAACAGGACAUUUGAUAAACCUGAUAAGUGGUAGCACAAUAAAGUCUCAUGGAUAAAAUAGUGCCCCUAUGUACAGGCUUUUCCAUUUGUUUGUUUUUUGUAUUUUAGUAAGUCAUGGGGCCAAAAAUAUUAGAUGCCCCUUUCAACUUUAUAAAUACUUAAUUCACUCAGAGUCUGCUACAAGAAAGAAGUUUGGACAGACUGUACAUAUUAUUGCCCUUACCGCUCAUCUCUACUGCCCUAUGCACAUUUGAAUGUUUUAAAGUGUACCAUACAGAGUUAAACUGCUAAUUCGGAACAGUCUGUAUUUGACUCUUAUGUUGUUCCAGAUUUCUGACCUUGGCUUGUCCUAAUUACUCUGUCAGCCUGUACCAACUUAUUGGAGGAUCUGCAAAGAGCGCUGGGACAAAAUCCCUCCUGAGAUGUGUGCAAGCCUGGUGGCCAACUACAAGAAACGGCUGACCUCUGUGAUUGCCCACAAGGGUUUUGCCACCAAGUACUGAGGUCAGCCGUUUCUUGUAGUUGGCCACCAGGUUUGCACACAUCUCAGGAGGGAUUUUGUCCCACCGCUCUUUGCAGAUCCUCUCCUAGUCAUUAAGGUUUCAAAGCUGAUGUUUGGCAACUCAAACCGUCUGCUCCUUCCACAGAUUUUCUAUGGGAUUAGGGUCUGGAGACUGGCUAGGCCACUCCAGGACCUUAAUUUGCUUCUUUUUGAGCCAUUCCUUUGUUGCCUUGGAAGUGUGUUUUGGAUCAUUGUCAUGCUGGAAUAUCCAUCCACGAACCAUUUUCAAUGCCCUGGCUGAGGGAAGGAGAUUCUCACCCAAGAUUUGAUAGUACAUGGCCCCAUCCAUCGUCUCUUUGAUGCUUUGCAGCUUAGCAGAAAAACAUCCCCAAAUCAUAACGUUUCCACAUCCAUGUGUGACGAUGGGGAUGGUAUUCUUGGGGUCAUAAGCAGCAUUCAUCCUCCUCCAAACACAGCGAGUUGGGUUGAAGCCAAAGGACUCUAUUUUGGUCUCAACUGACCACAACACUUUCACCCAGUUCUCCUCUGAAUCAUCCAGGUGUUCAUCGGUAAACUUCAAACAGGCUUGUACAUGUGCUUUCUUGCGCAGGGGGACCCUGCAGGUGCUGCAGGAUUUCAGUCAUUCACGGCGUGGUUUUCUUGGUGACUUUGGUCCUAGCUGCUUGAGAUCAUUAACAAGAUUCUCCCGUGUAGUUCAGGGCUUAGGAAAGCAAGGUGAGAUCUUGCAUGAAGCACCAGACCGAGGGAGACUAACAGUUUUUUUGUGUUUCUUCCAUUUCUGUAUAAUUGCAUCAACUGUUGUCACCUUCUCACCAAGCUGCUUGGCGAUGGUCUUGUAUCCCAGUCCAGCCUUGUGUAGGCCUACAAUCUUGUCCCUGACAUCCUUGGGCAGCUCUUUGGUCUUAACUAUGGUGGAGAGCUUGGAAUCUGAUUGAUUGCUUCUGUGGACAGGUGUCUUUUAUACAGAUAAUGACCUGAGAUUAGGAGCAUUUCCUAAUGCUCCUAAUCUCAGUUUGUUACCUGUAUAAAAGACACCUGGGAGCCAGAAAUAUUGCUGAUUGAUAGGGGAUCAAAUUAGAGAUGCACCAAAACUUUGAAAACGGUUCAAAUUUGCCGAAAUUAAAAUUUUUAGUGCUUAGUUUAACAGAAAUGCUUGCAUUAUCAAUUCAGAUUAAUAUAUAUCACAAUGCAAGAUAGUAAUGAUAACAUGAAAAGUCAAGAAUACUGCACUUGAGACAGGGGGAGGGGAAAAGAACACUAUGGGAUGGGGGAUGGGGGGAAAAGAACACUAAAAAAGAGGGAGGGGAGAGGAACAUUAAGUGAGGGUGACCACUAAAAGAGAACGUAAGUGUUUCAUAUUAGAUUAAUUUAAAUUCCUUAAAAAGUCUAAUUUCCUGGCUAAUCAUGGUAGCAUCACAUAUGGGUAGCUCCUCCCUUAGCAAUCACAGGACAGGAAUUCAUUAGAUUAAUUAAUUAGACUGAUAGGUAUAAAGAGUCCCACCUCCCCUUACACCACAGUUUUUUUUUUUUCUUGUCCUUAGCCCGUUCUACAGGACUUUAAACACUUUUUUUCUUUUUUGGCCACCUUCCUGCAUUUGUUGUGGGUUCAUUCAAAAUGAAGUUCAGCCUCUCUUCAUUUGAAGGACCCAGUAAACAGCCUGCAUGAGGACUAACUGGGUCAGGUUCAGAGUCAGUACUGAACUGCUGCGUGGGAUUUAUGUUUUGUGUUCUGAGGGAGACACAGCUACAUUAAGGUAUUUAUGUGGUUGGGCCUCCUUAAAAAUUCCCCUUUUCUUUGGCAUUGCCCCUAUAAAUUGGGGCCUGAAAUCCCCCCCCCCCCUUUGUGGCAGUUUUCUUGGGAUCCAUACUUGUUUGGGGUCCUCCCGUUGGGGGGACCCAUUGCAGGGACUCUCCUUUUGCCUCCUUGUUUUACCUGUCUGGCUUCCUGGGGCUCUCUGCAGCUGCUCAUUCCAUUUUUGAUCGCUGAAACGCAGUAGUGCGUUCCAGCGGGCGGAAGUGCCGUUGCGGCCGAAUCCCGCGGGACCGGUAGUGAUGUGAGGGUCGUGCGGUUAUGGCGCGAGCGUUUGGAAUGCAUAGCGUGCGGUCCGUGCAUGCAUGGAGCUGCCGGUUUUCCCCGGAAAUAUUUCAUCCUGUGGGCUCUGAUUUUCAUCUCUUGGUCUGUGCAUUGCUGUUGGAUGCUUGGAGUGGGUCUCUGUUAUCAGAUGGUAGGCUUCCUUUUUCUCCUUGUGGUUUUAUAUUUUUUGACAUUUACUUGUCAGUUUGCCUCUGAGGUCUGCUGGUAUGUGGUUUUACAUUUCCUUUGAUUUUUGGGUGCCCACUUCAAUUCCACAUGGAAACAAGGGAAGUGGACCUGAGAAGAGUUGCCCACACUCAGAUCUAGAGAACUAAGAGCAUGUCCAAAGCCAUCUUGGUAUUCCUUCUGAUGAUCGAAAAAUCUUGGGUCCUAAUCAUAACGGACAACCGAGUGGUGGCCUCGUAUGUGAACAACCAAGGAGGCAAAAGAAGCAGAUUGCUCUUGAAGGAACUAGCUACCUUGUUGAAGGUGACCAUGAACACUCUCCAAGGUCUGAAGGCAAUCUUCCGGGUUCAGAGAACAUUACUGCAGACUUCCUCAGCAGAACAGAAAUUCUUCCAGGAGAAUGGAGACUUCACACUGCAGUCUGCUCAUGGAUUGCCCAUCGGUGGGGCAUACCCCGAAUCGACCUGAUGGCGACUCACCAGAAUUGUCAGGUGGAGAAUUACUUCUUUCUCCAUCCAGACAAUCGAGCGAUGGGCCAGGAUGCUCUCUCUCUCUUCCUUGGUCAUUCGAUCUGUGGUAUGCGUUCCCUCCUCUACCCAUGAUACCCAGAUUCCUGCGGAAGGUUUGGACAGAAGGCAAAAAGGUAAUUGCCAGAAUUCCAAUCUGGCCUCGAAGGCCAUGGUUUCCUCUCUUAACCAUGAUGAGUCAGGAACGGCCUUUGCCUCUUCCGAUAAUGAAGGAUCUGCUGACUCAGGGCCCAAUCUCCCAUCCUCAUCCCGAAUGCCUCAAGUUGGUGGUAUGGGUUUUGUAAAGGAAAGACUUCAGUCAAUACCCUUUUGCAGUCUAGGAAGGCUUCUACUUCCUCGUGCUACCAUGGGAUCUGGGAUAUAGUUAAAGAAUGGGCUUCGGCCAAGAACGUUAACUUCUUGCAUCCUCGCGAUAAUCAGAUCUUGGAUUUCCUUCAAGAAGGUCUGGACAAAGGCCUUAGCCUCAGCACUCUUCGAGUUCAAUCCUCGGCUCUUGCGGCAUUAUGCAACAUCUCAUGGGUUUCGGAUCCUUUGAUCUCCAGAUUCUUCAAGGCAGCGUUCAGGUGGAUACCUCCUUCCAGAUCCGGUACCCCUUCUUGGGACCUUCCUCUGGUUCUCAACUGCCUGACGAACUGUUCGUUCCCCUUGAAAAUUUCAAUACUACACUCUUACUUACAAAACUUUGUUUUUGGUGGCUUUUACUUCCGCAAGAAGAAUUUAGGAGAUUAAGGCCUUUUCUACCAUGUCUUCAUGCCUACAGAUCUAUUAGGACAGGGUGUGUCUGAGACCAAAACCUUUUUUCGUUCUAAGUCAUACAGAAAGACUGACCAUCUCUUCGUUCUACCUUCAGGAGCCAUGAGAGGUGAGGCGGCCUCUUUAUCUACAUUGAAACGUUGGAUUUCGCUAAUAAUCAGGAAAGCGUAUAUCUCUAAAGAUCAGUCUCCUCCAAUGACGAUAAGAACACGUUCUACCAGAGCAUUGUCGACUUCAUGGGCUAAUUGGACAGAGGUUCCAUACGAUAAUAUUUGCAGGGCAGCCACCUGGUCUUCCCCGAUGAUGUUCAUAAAACACUAUAAACUGGACGUGGCCUCUCCUUCCACCUCCUGGGGGAAGAGUGUUCUGUCUACAGUUUCUUUAUCCCAUAGAUAUUACAUUUCUUUGCAGCAUGAGAGUCUUUUUUUUUUUUUUUGGUUUAUUUAUUCCCACCCUUCAUUUCUGUAAGCUUUGGUAUUACCCAUAUGUGAUGCUGCCAUGAUUAGCCAGGCAUAGAGAAAAUUUAUGACAAACUUACCGUAAUUUUCUUUUCCUGGCUAUUUCUCAUGGGAGCAUCAGGGUUCCCGUCCAUUCUUUUAUUUUUUUCAGCUUUAUAAUUGGACUGUGGUAUAAGCAGAGGAGGAGGGACACUUUAUACCUAUCAGUCUAAUUAAUCUAAUUCCUGUCCUGUGAGUAAGGGACGAGCUACCCAUAUGUGAUGCUGCCAUGAGAAAUAGCCAGGAAAAGAAAAUUACGGUAAGUUUGUCAUAAAUUUUCUCUAAUUAAAGGAACACUAUAGUCCACUAGAGGCUGGCUUAACCCUGCAAUGUAAGCCUAGCAGUUUCUCUGAAACUGCUAUGUUUGCAUCUGCAGGGUUUAAGGGACACUCCAGUGCCAGGAAAACCCCUUCAGUGACUUACUGAGACCCCCACCGAUAUCCCUUGGCAGGGGUUUCGGGUCGGCUCACGCUCCUCCCCCGCCAACAGCAGCCGGCAGGGGAGACCUAACGCGCAUGCGCGGCGUGCACAUUAGACCUCUCAUAGGAAAGCAUUGAAAAUGCUUUCAAUGCUUUCCUAUGGGGAAUUGAGCGACGCUGAAGGUCCUCACAUAGUGCGAGGAUGUCCAGUGACGCUCUAGCACAGAAAACCUGUGCUAGAAACCAGGAAGUGCCUUCUAGUGGCUGUCCUCCACUAGAGGAGGAGUUAACCCUGCAGCUGUAAUUAUUGCAGUUUAUGAAAACUGCAAUAAUUACAGCUGCAGGGCUAAGGAUAGUGGGAGUUGGCACCCAGACCACUCCAAUGGGCAGAAGUGGUCUGGGAGCCUGUAGUGUCCCUAUAACAAAAAUAAAGCCAAAUUGGAGAAGCCAUGUGUGAAAACUCUUUCUGCUUCCAUAGAAAUUAGAGGCUAAGUAGCAGACAGUUGCUCCUAAUCAAAUGCCUUUGAUUAAUUGAUCAUCAGCAAUUUAGUGUCCCUUUAAUAAAAUUUUAGGAAAAAAAAUUUUUUUAAAUCACUUGAGGAAAAAAGUCAUUUUCAGUUUUCGGCCAAGGGCAUCCUGAAUUUUCGGCCCAGAAUUUUCAUUUCGGUGCAUCCCUAGAUCAAAUACUUAUUUUACUCAUUGACAUGGAAAUCAAUGUAUAACUUUUUUGACAUGCGUUUUUCUUGUUCUUAUUCUGUCUCACUGUUAAAAUACACCUACCAUUAAACUUAUUGACCGAUCAUUUCUUUGUCAGUGGACAAACAUUCAAAAUCAGCAGGGGAUCAAAUACUUUUUUCCCUCAAUGUAGAUGGCAGACCCAAAUGUACUACCCCUAUAUGCUUGAUUAAUUUAUCAGUGCAUGAUCUGUGCAUUGCUUCUGCGGACAGACACCGUGCUCUCAUCAUGAAGUGUGGACAACGUAUACACAUCUUUUUUGUUCGUAUACACAAGGGCCAACACCUUAUCAUGGCGCAAAGUAGUUGUUGUGCCUUUACGAAUUUUGAUACAGGCUGGGGUUAUCAAAGUAAAAUCCUUUUUUUUUUUAAAUAAAUCUGUGCUAGUUUUAAAAUUAUCUAGCCAUAGCUGAUAUCCCUUUAUUAAUGGGAAAAGGAGAUCCUAUUCAAUUUUGCAGUUUCUCCCCGCAAAAUCAGGGCAGCCUGGUGUAUCUAGUUGACGUCUAUACCCAGUGUUGCAUUCCCUGUGAGUGUGUGUUAUACAAAUAUAUUCAGUAAAGGUAAACUUGGGGAUCCAUAAUUUUUUUUAUUUUUAUUUUUUUAUGUCAGUGAAGCUGUUAUAGUGCCUGGAAGUCUUGGGCAUCAUCCUACCUUUAAGGGGAUAACAAUUAAAGAAUAGUUUAACCCUAAAGUGCUCCAGAAAUUUCCUUAAGCAGGGCAAAUCAAUGAAGAGCAUAGGUGGGACAGGUGAUUGCACAGUAAUGCAACACCCACAGAGCCAAACACAUGGCAGCAUGGGAAUAUUCAUAGUUAAGUUUUCUACAUUGAGUACAUUUUGUAUCUAUACAAUGAGUAAUAUAUGGAGUUUGUAGGGAGUGGAGGGUUAAUUUAAAGUAAACCAGUCAGUCUUUGAAUGAUAGUAUUACUCUGUUACGUUUGUUAUUUUGUACUUGGUGCUGCAAAUAGCAAUAGUGCUUGACUUGUCCAACAUAAGUGCAUCGUGCAUCAUAGGAAAAACCUAGUUCAAGGGAAAUUAAGAUUAACCAUUACACUGUAGACCUCUAAGUCUCAACUUUACUCCUUUCAGUAGCAAUCAAAACAUUAAAACAAAUGAACAAUCAAAUUAGAUGGGAGGUAAUAUAAAGGUAUGUCAGACUAAUUUCCUCUUAACUGAAUAUAUGGUAUAACUGAACAUGUAUGUGCCAAUCAGCAUCUCCUAUGAGUUAAGUUCAGUGACUCCAUGCAGAGCCUGGGGAUGCUGAACGUCUCCAGUCUGCGUGACUGCCACUGGAGGUGUCCCUAGGCAGAAAUGUAGUGUUUAAAGCAAAGGGCCUGCAGGGACUGACUACACCCCAGAACAACCACAUUAAGCUGUAGUUGCUCUGGUGACUAAAGUGUCCCUUUAAGGCUAUAACUAGACUGAAAGCAUAGCUGCCAAAAUUAAAUUUGAAAUUCACUUUAACACUUCUUUUUUUUUUUUUUUUAAUGAAUAACUCUAAAUAUAACAUAGUACUCAUGUUGUAUCCCCUUAUCAUAAUGUAUGUAGUUUAUACAAUUCAUGUAAAGCUAACUGGUAAAAGUUCACUCACUGAUUCUGCUCUAUUCUGUGUUGUAAAAUGGAGGCUUUAUGUAAUUUUCUUUAAAAUAUGUAGAGAUGAUUCCAAACGAAAUGUGAAAAGAAGGAAAAAAAACGGCAGUCUUUUGUAUGUUUUUUUGUUUUUGUUUGUUUUUUAUUUAUUUUUUCCUGUUUUGCCCCAGAAAAUUGCAUAGACCUCCAAAGUGAAGAGUUCAGUCUGGUGCCGCAUAGUUCUUUUUAGAAGUUUAUAUUGUUUUCAUGGAAUUGUAGAGCCUGCUUUUCACCUAUUGAAAUGUCACGUAAAGGAUAGGUUUUCUUGUCACUAGAAAAAAAAGCCAUAUGGAUGAAACUGCCUCAAUGAAGAGAGUGCUGUUAGGCAAGUGUGAGAAAUCAGUUUGUCUAGACUCAAAUUAUGCCAACAAGGAAAUAAGCUUUUAGAGCUUCUGUGUCCUAUAUGUGUCAAGCAAGUGAUAGAUGCCAAGUCUCAUGUGUUCUACAUUUUUGGCAACAAGUCAGCAAAAUUAGGGUACCUCCAAAGAACUAUUCUGUCUCAUGGUAGUUGUUACUGCACAGUGCAAAAAAAUAUCUAACUAAAGUUAUCUUUAGUUUUUCCACCGAGAGCACAUUUUAAAGAAGUGAAUCUUGCUAUAAACUUAUUUCUAGUAAAAAAAUAAAAAUAAAUCAAUGUUCUUACAAACUCAUCUGAACCAAUCUACAGCAUUGGAAUUGCAAAUUAUCAUUCAUUCUAUUUACCCACAGACAGCGAUAGCAGCCAGCAACAAAUACAUAAAAACCCUCGACAUCACAAGAGUUAAUUAUGUGGCGGCUUCCCAACCGCCACGUAGAAAAAAUAUAUUAAUUAAUAAGGUUUUUUUUUUAAUCCUAUGGGGAUUGAUAACAUGCCUAUUUUUCUGCAGUGGAGGGUAUUUCACCUUCCUAUGCCCCCAUCUGCCAUCCAACCAUUGCUGCCCAGUCACUAGAAAAUACCCCAUCCCGCAGAGAUGGUGCCUAAGAAAUAAUGUGACAUUGUUUCCUCCUUAUCCCCCAUGCCUACACCCAUUGGCAUUGGGUGGGGGAUACUAUACAUUUUUAGUGGGUGGGUCUUGUGUUCCUUAUCCCUUCACCUACCCAUGCCAUAGGGUGGUGACCCUAAUAUUUCGAAUAAAGGGGACGGGGCUUAGUCUGCGCCGGAUCCCACCCAUUGUGGCUGGUGGUGGCCUUAAAGGAACACUAUACUCAUCAGAACAGCUACAGCUCAAUGUAUUUGUUCUGUUGUCUAUAAUAUGUAUAAUAUUUUAAUGUAAACACUGCAUUUUCAGAGCUAGAGGCACCUCCUCUCACCCCCAUCCUUGCCAGUGGGUGGGGCCCUAAUUAAUUAAUUAUAAAGUGGGAGGGGUGUACAUGCCAUUUUCCACUCCCUUCAAAUAAGUGCCUCCUCUUUACCCUUGGUGGCCAGCGUCCCCAAUUCCGUAUCCACCCCCUAAAAUAAAUUACAGAAUAGUGAGGAGUGGACCAAAAAUAUUUAAAACCUAAUCAAUUUUUUUUUCAGCCUUAAAAAAGACCAAAUAAAAAUGUAUAAUUCCACCACCCCACAUUUUAAUUAGGGCCCCCACCUGACUGCAUGGGUGGAUGCAGGGCAGGGGACACUAGAACCCUGUUUAUUAUAUUUUUGGGGCUAUUCCCACUGGCAUGGCUGUGGCUGGGUAGAGGAGGGAACACUAGGUCCCCCUUAAAAUGGUUAUCCCCUAUCAGAUGAUCACGGUUGGGGGCACGGUAGGUCUAUGUCUCCUCCAUUAUUUCUCAGCCCUCAUCUGUAUGGGAUGGGGUCUCUUCUAUCGACUGGGCAGGAAUGGCUGUCCAAUCGGUAGCUUUAAUGUUUAGUAGACAUGCCCCCACCUGCCAGAUGGCAGAUGGGGCAUAUGGAGGUAAAAUACCUCCAUUGUCCCAAUAUAGGGAUCUUAUUUAUUUAUUUAGCUUUUUACUAGCAAGCACUUGCCUGCUGACACAUAAUUAACCCUCGCACUGCCGCAAGUUUUUAACUAUUGACCCGCUGGCUGCUAGCGCUGUUGGCUGGCAAAUACCAGUAGUUAUUUAAAUUAUCAUUCAUUUGCAAAUAGCAAGUGUAUGAUAAUUUGCCUUACUGGUGCUAUAGAUGGGUUCGGAUGAGUUAAGUAAAGCAGGGAUUUCCUUAUCUGGACCAAUGUUACAGAAUAGUUCAGACCAACAGAAUUCUGACCAAUAUAGUAAAUAUGAGAAUUGCCAAGGCAGGCGAAUUCAGACCAGGAAGAACACAAAGGGCGAUGACUGAUGUCACUGCUCUGUGCAGGGAGUGAAGCAGGUGCCGAACGGUCAGGUUCUACCUCAGUGCAACUGAAGGUGUAUGAAAAUGGCAGAGGGAUCUAGUGUUCUAUGAAAGUAGGGGCCAGAUUUUCAGGUAUUUUUUUCAUAUACUUCAUUAUAUGCUGCAAGAUUUCUUAUAAUAAUAAUACAAAAAAAAUGUGGAGAUAGUUGUCCUUUAAUGAGGCCAAAGCCUAUCAAAUGCAUUUAGGUAGUAUUGGUGCCUGGGGUGUCCCUUUAAGUGCUGAUUUCAUCUGAAAACUAAUUACACUUCGCAAUGAGAAAUGCGGCGUCCCACCAAUUUUGUUCAAAUUAAUUGGUUCCAAACUGCAGAUUAUUUAUGGAUCACAUGCCAAUUGUGUGGCUGACCAUUUAAACAAAUGUGGUUUUUUUUUUGUUGUUUUUUUUUUUAAGUUUAAUGUUAAUAUAAAAAUGAAUUGCCAUUUUCCUCGGCCAGGUAGAUGCAACUAAAGAAUUAACUGGGUGUUGUAUGUGUUAUAGGUAAAUAUAAAUAAACACAGUUACUUACAAAAAAUAAUCCAGCUAUAAAGCAGUUUUAUACUCCUGAGAGAGAGAGAGAGUCUGCACGUGCUUCAUUUUACAAUGAUGCAUGCUCAAAUAUACAGUCACAGGCUGCUUCUUGGAAAUCUUGGGACAUUUGGAAUUUGUUUUCAUUGUGUCUAAAUGGAUAUGGAUUUAAUUUGUAAGCAUGCCUUUAAACUGGUGUAUCUACUUUUACUUUUGAAGCAGCUUUAAUGAUUUGUGAUCUCAAACGUGAAUGUGGCUCAAAAUGUUCAGUUUCAUUUCAUUGUUUCUCUUAUGAAACACUUUUUUAGCAAGCUCAGUAUUGCCCUGAGUUGGUCUAAGAUAUUUUGGCUCUGGCAGAUAUGGCACCAUGUAAAUGACAUAAUUACAUGAUUAAUUGUGUUGUGUUCUUAUUGGAUACAAAGGCUAAAUCAUAAGCAAAAUUCUUUUGGUUUUACCUGGUGAAUACCCCCCACCACAGUCCCAUAGAAAAAUCUUGAUUGCUCCUACUAUGUGCUUUAGACAAGGUAAAUUAUUGUACCUGGAGAUUUUUUGUGCAUGGAAGUUGACCUAUUAAUGAUUGCACACCUUUUCCUAUAUUAUAAACAUGUGUUGCCCACGCAUAGUUUAUUUGGGAACUCCUUCUCCACACAUAAAAAAACAAACUGUAUUACUUUAAAUUUAUUUUACACAUUCUAGAUACACUCUUGGAUAUUAUGGUUGUGAGGCAAAAUAUUUGUCAUAGCAAAAUUUUGCAACAUUCUUUUUUGACAAGCCUGACAUGUUUUAUCCGGAUUUGACAUUUAUCCUUGAAGUGACUAGCAAGGAAAGCCUCGUUUUUACAUUAAACAUGUUACGUCCUCGUAACUAUGUUUGUACAGCCUUCCAGACAUAAUAAUGUGUAAGCCUCUCAGACAUAACACGUACUUGUGUCAGUACAUGAAGCCGCACACAUUCAAAAGGGAUCAUAUGAUAUCAUUGCAGACAUGAAAGGGCCUUUUAUAGUUUAACCCAUUUUGUGCUAAGAAAGAUAUAGUUUAUUAUUCACAGAAAUGUUUAGAAUUUUCUUUAAAAACAAUUUUUUUUUAAAUUAAAAUUUACAUAAAAUUUUAAUAACAUGCGAGGCGGGUGUGUUUUACAGAUUAUUCCCAGCUGGGCUUGGACUUUUUAAUUCUAAUCUGUCCUUUGAAAUAAAUUCUGAUACCAAGACAGCUCUCCUAAAUAGGCACCUAAACUACCAAAAAUCUGGUUGCUAGAAUAUACAUUGCCACCCACAUGAGCAAAGUGUGAAGUGUUGGAAGUCUCACACUUACAGUAGCAAGAGAGAGUAUUUGAAAUUACUUGAAUUUCAGCAAGUGGUAAUAAAAUGUCCUCUCAUAUUCAUCACUCAAUGUGUUCAGCUAACACGAAAACACAAUGUGCUUAGGUGUACUUGUGACCUGGCUGUGUGCCCCACCCCCAUCCUUCACCAAAGGUAAGAAGAAGGGAGGGGGGAAUAAAGAUUUUUUUUUUUUUUUUGUAUCUUUACCACCUCUCCACACACACACAGCACCCCUACUCCCCACACACACAGCAUACUAACAGCACCCUCACACGCACAUAGCACCCUCACACACACAGCAGCCGCUCACGCACACACACAUACACACACUACAAGCACUAUCUCACACACACACAGCACCCCUCACACACACACACACUCAGCACUCCGCACACAUGUACAUACACUGCACCACUCAAUGCGGUAUGUGUGUGUUUGUGUUCAGCAGACUGUGUGUACUCAGCAGUUGUGUGUACGUAUUCAGCAGUCUGUGUGUGUGUGUUUUUCAGGGGACUGUGUGCGUAGGUAUUUGGCAGACUGGCUGUGUGGGUAUUUGGCACACUGUGUGGGUAUUUGGCACACUGUCUGUGCGUACGUAUUUUAUGUAUGUAUUGUAUUUGUUGGAGAUACUAAUAAAUUUAAGCUUAAUUUGAUCUAUAUCAUUACUUAAAAUUUGUAUCAUUGAACUCUCUGUUGUUGUGUUCCUCUUUUAAAACAAAACAUGUUAAUUAGUUCGGACAACUGUAAGAGUUGUUUUUCUUAACGUAAACCUCAGUAUUCAGGUUUAAUUGCAGUGUUGGCACUUUGAGGGAAAACAAGUUGGCAUGUAUUGCGGUUUGGGCACUCGGGCUCAAAAAGGUUCGCCAUCACUGGCCUAAGGUUUCACAUUCUUUUUCUAACCUAUUUGAAAUUUUUUCAUGAUAUGUUCAAUAUGUACAAGAACAAUAUAAUUUGUAUUAUUAGUUAAAACAGAUUUGAAUACUGUAACUCUGAAUGACUAAAAUCUGGUUUGAGGUCAUCUGUCAUUGUAAAGGAUGCACAUACUUUUUCUUGACCACUGUGUGUGUAGAAUCAAAAAAAUAUAUACUGUAUAAUUAGUCAAAAUUAUACAUAGUAUAUUCUAGAUUUUAUUUAUUUCCUUUGAUGUAGCUAUGGACCGCCUCUCGUAAUUUAAACCACCUCUCUUACUUAUGAAUCCUCAAGGAAAAAUCCAAGUCAAAGCAAUAUUGGGUAAAUACAGUGUAGUUCUGCACACCAAAAUACAUAUUAAUAAGAAACUUUUUUUUACUUAAAAAAAACAAAAAACAACAAGAUAUAAACACAACAUCUAUGAUUGGUAAAUCAAAAAUAUAAACCCAAACAAAAACAAAUCAGCGACAUGAAUAAAUAUCCCUUAAAGGGACACUAUAGUGUCCCAAUUAAGUGGUCUAGGUACAUUGAUUGUCCUUUUGACCCUGCAACCUCUAGUGGCUAUCAUACUAAUCAUAGUGACACACUAGAGGCACUUCCACUGCACUGAUAGAUCAAAACUUGUCGCGUGAGAUAGAAGCCCAUAGCCUAACCCAGGGUUCGACAAAUCCUAGGUUGCCAUGGCGACUAAAGUCUUGGGAUUUGUCAGCCUGUUCAGUGGUAAGUGUAUACUCACACUGACACACAUACAGACUGCUGAAGACAUGCACAAAGUCAGCUGAAUACACACACACACACAAACAGACACACAGACUGCUGAAUACAUACACAGAAUGCCGAGUACACACAAGACAGACUUCUAAAUACACAGUCUGCUGAAUACAUGCACACAGACUGCUAAAUACAUACAGACUGCUGAAUACACACACACACAUGUUUGUGUGUACGGGUGCGAAGUGUGUGUGGAGUGGUGUGUCUGAGAAGUGCUGUGUGUGUGUGUCUGAAGUAGGGAUCGACCGAUAUUGAUUUUUUAGAGCCGAUAAUCUGUGAACUUUCAGUCUGAUAGCCGAUAACUUACCGAUAUUCUGUAUAUUUACCAUUUAAAAAAAAAACUAUUUCUACACAAAUCUACUGUUAUCAGGUUUGCUGUGUGUAGGGGGGAGGGGGCGUGCUGCAGGUAGCAAAUUUUGUUGUUGUUCGUUCUUUGUAUUUUUUUAUUUUUUUUAUUUUUUUUUAUAAAUAAUCCUAACUUAUACAUAAAAUCUUUAGAGCUGCACAAUUAAUCGAUAAAUUCAAUAAUAGAUUCUGAUAAUUGUCAUAAGCGAAUCUCAUCACUGAGUAGGAAGAUGUUUAUCUCACUCACCAUGCUACUCAGAGGUGUAACUAGAAAUCACUGGGCCCCGGUGCGAAAAUUGGCUUGAAAAUUAGCCGACUGAUUUAACAAAGGUGGCCUGUAACUGCAACCAUGUCUCACCCAUCCAUCACACAGAGCACUGUUGUCACAAACACCACCAAUCCCAGUUGGACAUGGGGGUGAAAGGGUUAAAAAAAAUAUAUUUGUUUGUUUGUUUGUUUUUUUGCAUUAGACCUAAAAUAUUAAAACAAAUAAAAAUCCCUCUUAAAACCACCACACCUAUAUUAGUAUAAAAACUGCCACCACGAAGACCAUUUUUAAACUGGUUAUCUUAGGUUGUCCCAACCAAAUUAUAUUUAUUUGGGGGAAACUUAAAGCAGCACUUACCUUUAAUCGAUUCCUCUUCUCUCCCUCUCUCGGGAUCUGUUCUUCAUUUCUUCCUAUCUGCUCUAGUUUUCUUUAAAGCAUAAGACAAAGUAGAGACUACUUUGUCUUAUGGAGGUUUCUUACGCCUGACCAGCGGAGCAGAGAAAUUUCCCCACAAUUCUUACCUUUCCUCUGUGAUCUCGUGAUGCCUGCUUUCACUAUUACAAAACAUCCUGUCACUUAGGACGAAAUUCGGUAGUUUCGCCGGCAUUCUGUCUAACAGAAUGAGAACAGUUUCUCCAGUCGUGGUAGGACGCAAUUCGGGGCUUUGUUUUGAUCAGAAUUUCAUUUGAAUGAACAAAACGCCGAUCCUAUUUGUGCUGCGACUGCAUCUUGCAGCCGCUUAGUAGAUAACUCCCUAAUUCCCACUGUAUCAGGGAGCGAUCUACCAAAAGGCUGAAAGACCUAAAUUGGUCUUUCAGCCAAAUGUACGAAUACGAAGUAAAGAUUACUUAGUGUUAGUCAAUUCUGCCCUUAGUCGCCAUUCUGCCCUUACUCACCAUUGUCUUCCCCCCGCGGUCCCUACCCCUGGGCGGCGGGUGGGAGCCCUAAAUGAAAAUGUGCAGGGGGGACCUUUUGUACUGCCCCCAUCCCUGACUGGCCGGCGGGGGCCCUAAAUAAAAACAGGAGGGGACCUAAUGUCAAAAUGGCCCCCACCCAUGUAACUAGGGGUCCCCAAGCCCCCCCCCCCCAAAAAAAUUAAACCCCAACUACUCCCCUCAUCCUAAAAAUAGUGAGGGGGGGGGAAUAAGAGAACUAAAUACCUGCAAAAACUAAAUAAAACUUUUUUUUUUUUUUUUUUUUUAACCCCAAAACAGGGCCAAAUAAAAGUCCAUAAUACCCGUCGCACUUUGAAAAUAAAAUAAACCCGAGCGCAAAAAAAAAAAAAAGCCGCUAAAAAAUAAUCCAUCUUCAACCAUGGAUGGCACAGCACAGAAUGAGCUCCGCAGGGGAGAGCCUUCAGAGUUCAGAUCGCUCUGAUUGGUUGGCUUGAAAUCCAACCAAUCUGAGUGCUCUGUGUCAUUUUACACAGCGUGGGAAAGUUCUUUGGGAUUUUCCCAUGCUGUGUAAUUUGACUCAUAACUCUGGUUGUUUGAUAGCUGUUUACUAGACAUGCCCCUACUCGCGGUAUAGCCCUUUAAGAGAGCGCUACUAGUCUCAACUCGUUACCUGCAUAAAAAACCACAUUGGAGCCAGAAAUCUUGCUGAUUGAUAGGGGAUCAAAUACUUAUUUCACUCAUUGACGUGCAAAUCAAUUUAUAUCUUUUUUGACAUGCGUUUUUCUGGAUUUAUUUUUUUAAGUUAUUCUGUCUCACUGUUAAAAUACACCUACCAUUAAAAUUAUAGACUGAUCAUUUCUUCCUCGGUGGACAAACGUUCAAAAUCAGCAGGGGAUGAAAUACUUUUUUCCCUCACUGUACAUACCACAAGAGCACGAUGAUAGCAGCAGAUGAGGAUAAGGUUCAAGAGUCGACACACGAAUGUAAAAAUGCACCCCAACCUCCAUCGCCUGUUUCUUAGCCUGCCACAAAAGAGAGCCAAGGAAAUUGUACCGGAUUAUUAUUUAUGCACCCUGAGAUCGGCAAGAGACUCUAGCUCAUCUUCACUGGAUUUUAUUGUGCAAUUUGUUUUGCUGUUGGACAAGAUGGUGAUCUUGUCUGCUUGCUCUUGUGUGAAUUUAAUUCCUAUAAGCUUGUAUUCUAAGCUGUUUUUUUUUUGGGGGGCGGCAUGUGAAGGCAUUCUCUCCGUCCAGUCAUUGGUACAUUAGGGAUAAAGGUAUCAUUUAUCAAUGGGGAAAGUCCUCGUUCGCUACAAGUCCCUAAGGAUGGCUCCACCUACAACUUACAGAUAUUAAUGAUUUACAAUUUAAUACAAGCCCUGGACAUCAACCCCCACAGUCUGAAGCCACCAUCUACACAUCUCGGGGUUGUUCCCAACGUGAAACCCUAUUUUCCCAUAGGAGAGCUGCAGAAGGCCACAACUACUCCUAAGGGCUCAGACUUCCUGUAGCCAUGUGCAUUUUUCCUAUUUUGUUUUCCUGUUCUGGGUUACCAAAUUCAUACUUCUGUUUUUGUUUGUUUUGUUUUUUUACCCUCUGCAAUCUUUUUUUCCCAUUGAUAAUGCUUUUCAGUUUCUAAGCUGGAAUUUUGCCAAGUGCCUUGUUUUUACCUCCUCACGUAAUUAUUUGUUUUUUUGUUUUUAUGUAGUUGUUAAUAUAAGCCUGGUAUGUAGUGUUUAUUUCCUUUAUUUGCUAUCUACCUCUGCUGACUGUUAUACUUAAGUGGCUUCAAGUCAGUGUAAUGACAGAAGUAGCAUUUCUGGAAAUAUCAAUAACCAAGCUCUGGUCUAGUAUUUUCAUAUUCAAAUCUCAGGAUUAUUAACCCUUUAAGGACACAUGACGGAAAUAUUCCGUCAUGAUUCCCUUUUAUUCCAGAAGUUCUGUCCAUAAGGGGUUAAACUGAUUUUUUGUUUGUUUUUUACUUCCUGCAGUUUUGUAUCAAUUAAUUGCACAAAGGGGUUGUUUGGGGUGGGGGGGAAAUCUACGUUGAAGAGCUUUUCAGAUGUGCUUAAAAAAGUUACAAUAGUCCCACUAAUGCAUUAUAAUAGGUUAGGAUUUUAAUUGCCAGUGUUAUUAAGCUUUUUUUAUACACCUUUUUGGCAGAACCUUGAACAUGGAAGUACACACUUAAAGGGGCACUCCAGGCACCAAAAUAACUUGAUCUAAAUGAAGUUGUUAUGGCGCCCAGAGGGUCCCGGGAGCACUCUUGCCUCAAGGUGGUGAACAGUUCUUUAACGGUUUAACCCCGAAGUUGCCUCCAGCAGGGAUGUCCACUACCCACCAGGCCACAUCUGGCUUCUGAGAUUUCACUUUCAGGAACAGCAGAGUGCUGUCAGGCAGGGGCGUCACUGAUUAAAGGAGCCCCAUUUCUAACACUAAAAUAUGAUUUGAGUCAAAGGAAAAUGCAGUCUUAGUCUGAGUUCUAGAUGUCCCGUUGUAUAUUAUGUCUCCAGAAUAUUUAGAUAGCAUUUUUUACUUAAAAUACCCUGUUCACUGUGUGUAUGUAAGUAUAUAAUGUCUGUUUAGUAAUCUUUUGCAUCUCCUUUAAAAUGUUACUGCAUCCAUACACCAUACUUUGUCUGGUGCCAAAUCAACAUCACGUAUUUGAUUGGAUUACAUAGUCUGGCAACAUUGAGAUACUGCUAGAAAGUCCGUGACCCAGAAAUGCUUGGAACAUGUCCUACCUGUUGUAUGCAUGGCCCAGAUAAAAUUUUCUACUUUACGAGGUGAAGUCAAAAAACGAGACAUAGCGUAUUUCUUAUGGAUGUUCUAGUGACAGCAUCAAGGAUUUGUUUCAUUGCCAUGCAUUUGGAAAAAACGAUGUUUAGGUUUCUCCAUGAGACUUGUAAAAUCAAACAUUUGAUUAAAUUGUCUGUUUUCCAGGCUCAUUUCUGUCACCGCUAGUAGGAUUAAAAAUUGUAUGUUGGAUAAGAGUCCAUUGACAUAAGGUAUUGGGGGAAGGGGAAAAUAAGGGAAGUAUGAGCAAAAAGAGACUUAAACCACCAAAUCAGUAAUAUAGUCGGUGUUUAUGCAAUUAUUGUGUACUCAGAGCAGAAAGGUUAUUGGUCUGUUAGUAUAUCUGACAUUGUCAUGUAUUUUUUUUUUUUUUUUUUCUUUCUGGUUUUCAUUUUCUUAUGCCCCAUGUAUCUUAAAGGAACAUACUGUGUGCCAUAACCACUACAGGAGUUUUGUAUUUACUCCUUUGCUAUUUCCUGUUUUUCAAAACUGUGCAUGCAGCUUCCGUACACCAUUGGCAUGGUUGUUUUGUUUGUUUGUUUUUCUCUCAUCCCUGAAGACCGCCCCAGCUUUGCAGAUUGCUUUACUAAAUCCAGUUUAAUAAGAAAAAAAGAUUAAUUGGUCUGCAUAUAAAUUAAUGGCAGUUCAUGUCUUAAAGGACCACUAUAGUGCCAGGAAAACAUACUCGUUUUCCUGGCACUAUAGUGCCCUGAGGGUGCCCCCACCCUCAGGGUCCCCCUCCUGUCGGGCUGGAUGGAGAGAAUGGAACUUACCUCUUUCUCCAGCGCCGGGCGGGGAGCUCUCCUCCUGCUCUCUGCCUCCUCUCCUCAUCCUUGGCUGAAUGCGAAUGCUCGGCAAGAGCCGCGCGCGCAUUCAGCCAGUCUCAUAGGAAAGCAUUCAUAAUGCUUUCCUAUGGACGCUGGCGUCUUCACUGUGAAAAUCACAGUAAGAAGCACGUAAGCGCCUCUAGCGGCUGUCCGAAACUGCUAUGUUUAUAGAAAAAAGGGUUAAACCUGGCACCCAGACCACUUCAUUAAGCUAUAGUGGUCCUUUAAGAUUAUAGAUUUAUUCAUAGGUUUUCCAUAUGCAAGUAGUACUUAAGCCCUACCUGUGUGCCUUGAACCUCCCCACUGCCUGUGAAGCAGUUUAACAGUGGGUACUAAUCAGGCACUGUGGAUGGAUAUGUCAAAUGUUGCAACAAACGACCUGCAUACAUACAUUAGGGAUCGACCGAUAUUGAAUUUUUUUUUUUAGAGCCGAUACUGAUAAUCUGUGAACUUUCAGGCCAAUAGCCAUUCAGUACCUAUCCUAGUAUGAAGGGUUUUUCCCUAUUAUAUCACCCUAUUGAGACCUAUUUAGUAAGAAUUCUUGGCACAAUUCUUGUGCUUAGAUUUAUAUCCUCUACUUUUUUUCACUUUUGUUUGGAUCACAGUACACAAGCACUACAUUAUUUGCCAUUUACACCGUGCUAUUUUAAUAAUUUUUAUAAUAAAUAUUUUAUCUUAUGUUGUUUUCCUAGUUUGGAUCAAUAAAGAUUUCCUCUGCAUUUGAUACCAAUCUCAGUCCCGUUUCGUGGUACACCCCUCUCACGUAUAUAGUUUCAAUUUGGGGUUACCCCCCUUUUAUCUGUGUACCAAUCUACCAUUUGGCUCGUCCUAAGUCCAUCUGCUUUCUUUGAAAUCAUAGAAUUGAGGAUAAUUGACAACAAUAGUUUACAUACAAAACCAUCUUGAAUUCCUUGAUUGAAUUUCACAUCUACAAAACAAAUGAAUUGAUCUAACACUUUAUUCACCAACUCCUGAGACUUACUUUAUGGUAUGUCUAGGAUUUUAAUACUUGCAAAAUAUUUGUCUUUCUUUUAAUGAAUUUUCACUUAGUGGCUUCCAUCUUCUCUUACUCCAGUAAAAGACCUUGAAACAAAAAUAUACAUACCUUUGUAGUUCAAGUACACUAGUAACACUAGUUAAACUUCUUGAAGUGCUGUGUGGAGGAGCCAUUGAGUGAAAUAUGCUGUUGGAACAUGUGGAGGGAUGGAGGGCCUGCUAUUAAGAGAAGAGUCACCUAUUAAGACCUUACUGCUUUAUUUAUGUUUGGAGAGCGUUAGACUGAAGAUCUAAAGGUCCCUGGUUCGAUCCCGGGUUUCGGCAUUGGUUGCCGUGUCCCAUGAUUCAGUUUUGCCAAACUAAUCUUAUUGAUUUUUUUGAUUGGGUAACUAAAAUUAUAGAUCAGGGUGGUGCAGUAGACAUUGCUUACCUAGAUUUCACUAAGGCUUUUGACACUGUUGCACAAAGAAGGCUUAUCAAUAAACUGCAAUCUUUAAGUUUGGAUUCCAAUAUUGUUAAAUGGGUGAGGCAGUGGCUGAGUGACAGGCAACAGAGGGUUGUAGUUAAUGGAAUAUAUUCGAAGCUUGGAUUUGUCACCAGUGGGGUACCUCAGGGAUCUGUACUUGGACCCAUUCUCUUUAAUAUUUUUAUUAGUGAUAUUGCAGAAGGUCUUGAUGGUACGGUAUGUCUUUUUGCUGAUGAUACUAAGAUAUGUAACAGGGUUGAUGUUCCAGGAGGGAUAAGCCAAAUGACAAAUGAUUUAGGUAAACUAGAAAAAUGGUCAGAAUUGUGGCAACUGACAUUUAAUGUGGAUAAGUGCAAGAUAAUGCAUCUUGGACGUAAAAACCCAAGGGCAGAGUACAGAAUAUUUGAUAGAGUCCUAACCUCAACAUAUGAGGAAAGGGAUUUAGGGGUGAUUAUUUCUGAUGACUUAAAGGUAGGCAAACAAUGUAAUAGAGCAGCAGGAAAUGCUAGCAGAAUGCUUGGUUGUAUAGGGAGAGGUAUUAACAGUAGAAAGAGGGAAGUGCUCAUGCCAUUGUACAGAACACUGGUAAGACCUCACUUGGAGUAUUGUACACAGUACUGGAGACCGUAUCUUCAGAAGGAUAUUGAUACCUUAGAGAGGGUUCAGAGAAGGGCUACUAAACUGGUUCAUGGAUUGCGGGAUAAAACUUACCAAGAAAGGUUAAAGGAUCUUAACAUGUAUAGCUUGGAGGAAAGAUGAGACCGGGGGGAUAUGAUAGAAACAUUUAAAUAUAUAAAGGGAAUCAACACAGUAAAGGAGGAGACUAUAUUUAAAAGAAGGAAAACUACCACAAUAAGAGGACAUAGUCUUAAAUUAGAGGGACAAAGGUUUAAAAAUAAUAUCAGGAAGUAUUACUUACUGAGAGGGUAGUGGAUGCAUGGAAUAGCCUUCCAGCUGAAGUGGUAGAGGUUAACACAGUAAAGGAGUUUAAGCAUGCGUGGGAUAGGCAUAAGGCUAUCCUAACUAUAAGAUAAGGCUAGGGACUAAUGAAAGUAUUUAGAAAAUUGAGCAGACUAGAUGGGCCGAAUGGUUCUUAUCUGCCGUCACAUUCUAUGUUUCUUACUGAAAGUCCACCUCUUGAGGAAAGCUAGCCACAAUAAAGGUCUAGAUCUUGGCAGAAUUCUAAUAAGACAAGACUGGACAUUCCACAGGAAUGGUGUUUGCCUUGGGAUAUCAUUUGAAUUUGCAAUAUAGAAACCAAUAAAGGACAAAAAAAGUCAAUUACAGAGUGAAUGGAACAAGAAGGUAUGGAUUAAUUUAAAGAGGAGAUGCAAUGAGGAGUGAAAUUGUUGAGGACUUUAUAAGUUAGAGAGAGUUUGAAUUGAAUACUGAAAAGUAUGCUAAGCCUUAGGACUCGGUGAGAUAUAAGAGUUAUUAUUAUUAUUAUAUUUAUAGAGCGCCGUCAAAUUCUGCAGCGCUUUACAAUGGGUGGACGAACAGACAUGUAGUUGUAACCAGACAAGUUGGACACACAGGAACAGAGGGGUUGAGGGUCCUGCUCAAUGAGCUUACAUGCUAGAGGGAGUGGGGUAAAAUGACACAAAAAGUUGUGAAGAGUUCUGAAGAAAAUCCUGUUGGCAGCAUUCAAUACAGAUUGAAAUGGGGCAAGUUACAGUAGUCAAGGCAAUAAUUGAUGAGUGCAUGAACAAAUUAUUUGGUUGCUUCUUGUGUUCGGGGCUAAUACGGUUAAAAGUGUUUUACAUGACCUGAAUCAAGUGAUCUUGAAUAUUUGAAGUUUGUGUUAGAAAACAGGAAUACAUUCAUUUUAGGAUAGGAGAGGGGCAGUUAGUGAUGUAUUCUAUCUAGGAGGGUAGGCAAGAGAUCAACUCUGCUAUGUAAUAUUAACAACACUGCAAUUAUCAACAUAAUAUCUUUACUCCUUAGUUGAAAAAGAGAAUUUGUAGAGUGCAGCUAUACAAAGGGGGAUGGGCGGACUGACUUUAAUGUUACAUGACUAAUUUGUCCAAAUAAUGGUUUUCUCCUUAACUGUGCUUCCUGUAUAAAAUAUUCUGGAAACGCCUUGUUAAUUAAGGGCUCAGCAGGGUCUUAUAAGUUAUUUUAAUAGGCAUGAAAUCAUAUAUUCCAUCUAGCUGUUACUCUAAUCAUGGUAACAAUUUACAAUGUAACCAGCUGAUCUGUUAGACUAACACAUGUUCCAGGUGCAUUGGGGUAAAUACUUUCAUACUCAACUGUUUUCAGUCUACACAUUAAAUUAUUUAGGACAAACAACAAGUAGACCAUUGAAAAUUAUUAAUUAAUUGAAGCAUGUCAGUAUUAUAUUCUAUUUGAGCAAUGACUGCAGAAUUUUAUUUGAUGGCAUAAUAUUACUGAUAUUAUCAUUGCUCGCUAAAGCUACCAUUUUUAGGAGAUAUUUAAAAUCACUGCUAAAAAAAAUUGACAAAGCUUUGAUGUUCGCAGGUAUCUGAUUUCAAAUACACUUUGAUUUCCCAUGUGCAGAGUUUGUAUUUGAGACUUUAAUCUAUUCGAUCAGCAUAAAUAAAAGAUACACCUCUCUUUAUUGAAUGUACUUUAUUAAGGACAAGUCUGCCCCAAGAAGUAGACAAUAAAUGUCCCUCUGGGAUUGACAGCCCUAUGAAAAUUAAGGAAUAUGUACUUAUUUAUAUAUAAAAUAUUUUACCAGGAAAGAUGCAUUGAGAUUUCUCUGGUUUUCAAGUAUGUCCUGGGUCCACAAAACAUUGCAUUUUUACAAUAGGGUUCAAUAAAAUACAAAAACAAUAUUCAUACACAAUAUAUACAAAAUUUAACAUAGAACAGGUAGGAAAUAUAUAAUCAACCAUAACACGUGCAUUCUGUUUUGAGGUAUGUAGAGAGGGGAUCUCUUAAAGCAAGCAUGUCAAACUCAAAGUCUAGCACGGCCACAUAAACAAGGUUUAAGUUCAUGUGGGCCGCAAAAAAAACAACCUUAAAUUUUCAUAGAAACGUAGGUUGAUUUUGAAAGUUACAGUAUUUUUUUUUUUUUUUUUAAAUGCACCCCCCUCUACUAAAUCCCAGCCCCCACCCCCAUAUACUAAAUCCUAGUCCUCCCCCUCUUCUAAAUACCAGCACCCCCCUCUAGCCGCUGCCAGUAUGCAACUCCGGAGUCCGGCCUUUGGUAUACCCCAAAUGGUGCCGUACGCACCCUGUGCCAAAUCUGAUCCUCCCACUACUUCUUGAAACCCUGUGAAAGUGGGGCACGUUGAUGUCACAUCGGAAUGUGACGUGGCGUUGCGUAACUCCAGGUACUCCACUGUCCAUUUGCAGCCAAUGCAACAUUGACACACACACUGACAGACUCACUCACUGACAGAGGCUUGGGGAAGAUUAGAAAGUGUGCGGGAGGUCGUUCUAUAAUUGCGGCGCUCUGUAGGAAAAGGAGGAUCGGGCCGCUUUCUUUUUGUAUUGAGGUAGACUAAGUAAAGUGCUGGUACUGGAUCGGAGGUUAUAGGAGGUCGGAACAGCCGGGGAGAGCAUUCUGCUCAGGUAGGACAGGAGCUUCCAAGAAAAGCUCUUAAAAAGGGUGCGUCUGGAUUCCAGCGACAGCCAGUUUAGUUCUUUUAGCAUGUCACAAUGGUGAGUCCUGUAAUUACAUUGUAGAAGAAAGCAUCAGAAUGAGUUAUACAAUGUACUGAGUUUAUUAAUGUGGGAUUGCGGUGCAGGUGCAUAUACUACAUCCCCCAUAAUCAAAGAUUGGCAUCAGCAUUUGCUGUACAAUCUUUUCCUUUACUGUAGGGCUUAGGCAGGAUUUGUUUCUGUACAGGGCACCUAGUUUUGGAUAAAGUUUAGAUGCAAGUUUUUCUAUGUGGAGGCCAAAAGAUAGAUUUGGGUCUAACAACAUAUCCAAGUAUUUGAAAGAGUGGACUGCGGUCAGUGUGCUAUUUGAAUUAGUUUUGAUAUGUACUUUAUGAACUGUUAUAUACCCAAAGUGAAACCUCAUGAAUAUGCUUAUUUAAGUGCUAAUAUCGAAUUUGUUAUACCAGUAAGCCUGAUAAGGUUCUCAUCAUAUUGAAACAUUAGGGCUUUUUUUUUUUUGUAGAAUUGUUUUAAGCACUAUAACAAUGACAAAACUGUACAGGUUUGGUUUUGGUUUGUUUAUGGGAGUGGGGUGGGGAGGGUCCUUCUAGUGGUCCGUACAGGUGCUCAAAACCUGUAACAAGAGCAUAAUAUCUGUGUUUGAAUAUACAGCACAGCAAGUGCAUUAAUACAUUUUCAUGUUUGCUCUGAAUUCUAGAAGGAAGUGCAAUGUAUUGUCUACCCCUGGGAUUAGAAUGUUAAAGAAGUUUCAAAAUAAAUUGGAGACUAAAGCAGUUUUGUCGCUUGCAGGCAGUUGAAUGUUUGUAAGGUAGGAAAGGAUUCCACGGCCUGCUAUGACCCACUUUCUGCUGAAGUCCCUUCAAUACUGUCUAGACUGGCAUUUUCAGAUGACAUGCAUGCUUUUGUAUGGAAAAAUCUUCCACAGGACACCCUGCGGGCUGACAAAGCAAAGACGCUUGUUAACCAAGAACAGCUUGUUGGCUGAAGCAAAUAGCUAUACUUAACGCACAAUUUUUUAAACAAUUUUUUUUUUUAAAACAGGUGCAACUACAGACCGCAAACAUGACUGCACACAGAGUGAAAUCACGCAGUCUCUGUUGUGUAAUAUGUGUCACUGUAAGUUGACUGCAUAAUUUUGGUAGUAUACACAAAAUCAGUCCACUUCAAUAGUAGUUUUUUACUAUGUUACAAACUUAUCUAUGCAAAGAGAAUCGGGGCUCACAUUCUUGGCAUUAAUCACUGCUAGUGUUUUUUUUGUUUGUAUUUGUUAUUUUUCAGGGGGGAAGAGGGGAAUUGGUCUGUAUGCAUUGCUCCUUACAGUUCAUGUCUAGUCUGCACAUAGACAAGAAACUUCACAAUGUAGAAACGUUGAAAGCAAUUCGUUCAGAUCCAAAAAGUGUUACUGCUUUUAAGAGUAAAUUUAAAGGCGUUUAUAUACAAUUAGUGCUUUCGUGGUUGUUUUUUUGUUUUUUGGUUGGUUGGUUUUUUUCUUGCUUCUUCACUUUGUAGGGAAAACAAUGUUAUGAGUAAAUUGCUUUUGGCUUGUUUUUUUGGUUAUGCAAUUCAAAUAUCAGCAUAUUUUGAAGUGUUAAAAUCCUGGGAGUAGCCACAUCUGCUGACCCUCAAAUGUAGAACUUUUAGUAGAUUUAGCAUUCCCAAAUGUAUACGUCUAAUCUGGAUAAAAAAGCUUCAACUAAUUUUUGUCUCGCUCUCCCCAUUCAGCCCUAUGGUUGCCCAUGACCAGGGCUUGAGACAAAAAAGAUGGUAACUAUUAAAAUGUGUUGUGAGAGCAGACAUUCCAGCCAGAGGUGGUAGAAAACUAUCAGCCAAGAGUUGUGGUUGCAUCCCAAGACAUCAUGGUGCAUAGCGGGUCCUACUUCUAAAUUCAAAUUGUAGGAACCUUGCAGAUCACCAUAUAGAGCAUUCAAAAUAAUUUAGGUUAAUAUUGUCUUCUUUCUUUCUAGGGUUUGAGAAUAUCAUUUUUUAUGGUUUGAGAAAAUAAUCUGUGCAUGUUAUGUAUAAUAAUUAAGUCAGAUUCUUAUUCAGGUAGGUGUAAAUAUAGUUAGAGGGAUACUAGACACUUUCAUCUAUGCAUUAAAUUUAUGGUAAAAUGGUUUAACCUCCUUGUGACAAAGACUUUUCCAAGAUGUGUUCGUUACCAAGGCUCUUUUGGCGCUUUUGUUGUGUAUUCAUGCAACUGUAAUGCUUCCUCUUGAAGUGCAUUUAUACAUAUUAUGUAUAAUUCUUUCACAUAAGAAUAGGGAUUUCUUCUGAUUCUGCAUAUACAUAAAACAAAAUGAGUAUGAAUAAAAUAUUUAAAGAAUGGGAAAAUAAAAAAAAAAGGUUUUGCUUAUAACUUUUCCAAAGCUCCUUGGACAAUCCGACAAACCAGAAGCCGAUCAAACAUUAUUCCUGGACACAGCAUUUUUCCUAGACGCCCUCACUUGCAAACUAUCCAGAAAUAAUCUGGUGUACACCAGCCAUGGCAUGUUCUGGUAGACUGCCACCAACCUUGCUAUAUGGGUUGAGAGGCAUCAGUAUGCAGAGGUAUCUGUUUAUAAACUGUGUGCCCUUGCAGCCUAUUGUUGGAAUGUAUGUUGCUUGAGAUGCUUUCACUAGUGCAAUCAGUGAAAACUGUAGGUUGAAAAAAAAAAAUAAUCACAACCGCCACACCUUGUUUUUCUGCUGUCUCUUGUACAAGUGACAAACUACAGGAAGGAUCAGUUGGUAUAAAUUGGGUUUAAAAAAAGAAAAAUAAGAUUAAAGAAUAAUUACAUAAGGAAACAGCAGAAGGUGCUAAAGAGAAAAGAUGAAAUAAAAAACAGACUAAGAAAAGAAAACACGUUCAGCAUAGAGAACAGUAACUUAAACUAUACACGCCACCCAACCUGUGUGGGUGCCUGUAGUAUCCUUUUAAUGAGCUCUUUAAGCAUGACAUCUAACAUGAAAUAUCUUGAUGUCAUGUGAUAACAUCCUAUGAAAAUGUGUUUUGUUUUAUUUAUGUAUUUAAAAACAUCAAUUUCCUUUAUUUUAAAGGAUAUCACUUCCAUAACUGGAGUUCCGGAAGAGCAUAUCAAAACUAGGAAAGUCCACAUUUUUGUUCCUGCACGGAAUGCAAUGCAGUCUGGCGUGCAAAACACAAAGAAAUGGAAGAUGGAGUUUGAUACACGUGAGCGGUGGGAAAAUCCAUUAAUGGGCUGGGCUUCCACGUAAGUUUCAACCAUGGUUUGUAUACAGUUACAUGUGCUACAGAUCUUCAAAGGUACCAAAAAUAACAGCAUUUCUUUUGGGACUAUAGAUUCCCUUCUAGCACUGUGCCUACAAUCUAUCCACUUUGCCAAUAAAAAUUUAAGUUAAAUUAAAUUUGCUCACCUAAUUUCCAGCACCCAAGAUUCCUCAUGCUCUGCCUCCAAAGACAUCAGCAUACUUGCUGAUGUCUUCUGCGAUCUCAUCCAUUCCAUUAUAAUAAAGAAGCAUUGGAAGACAAGAUAUGCAUUCGCGACCCAGCACCUCUUUCAUCAAUUUGCCUGAGCGAGUUUGACUUGGUUAUGGAGGAGGUAGCACCUCAAGUGAGUGUCUGUCUUCCUGAAAGCCAUGAGAGGAGUAUUUAAUCCUUUAAUGUAGGCAAUGCUGUUUUUACAAAACGUUAAUGUUUUACAUUGAAUGGUUAAAACUACAGGACCACUUUACCCAGACCAUGUCAUUGCGAUGAAGUGGUCUGGGUCACUAGUGGUCAUUUAAAGGGACACUCCAGGCACUAAAACAACUUACUCUAAAUUAUGUUAUGGUGCCUGGGGGCACUCUAACUUCAAGGAGUAAACUUAAAGUUGCCUCCAGCGGAGAUGUCCACUCCCCCUCCCCCAGGCGGCAUCCGGCUUCUGAAAUUUUAGGAAGAGCGGAGUGCCACUCCACACUUUCCUGAAAGUGAAAUUUCAAAAGCCUGAUACUGCCUGGGAGGAGAUGAAGUGGACAUUUGCCGCUGGAGGCAACUUUAAGUUUAACCCCUUGAGAUAAGAGUGCCCCUGGGGCCUCCUGGCACCAUAAAAACUUCUUUUGUGUCCCUUAAAAUUAAUUUUCUUCUGUUUCUCAAGAUUCCACCCUUAAGAACAAAGGUGUUUGUCUAAUCACUGAACUAAAACCUAAACCUAGUAUUUGUGUGUUCUGUAAUUCAAGGGUUUCUCUCUAUUUAUUAGAAGAAGGCAAUUUCUUACCUUUAAAAUUUUAAAUGAAAACCUAAAACGACAUUAAAGAGACACUUGUGUCACCUAUAUAUCAUUAAUGUCUCAUUAAUAUGCUGUAUUUUUUAUUUUGUACUUUUUGCAUAAAACGUUUUGCAAAAUGCUGCACCGUAAGCCUGCCUAUUUAGCCAUAUUUUUCACUCCAGACGAAGGCUUACUUAUCAAAUGUAUGCACACAACUCCGCCACAGACAAUACUGGAUGAUCUGUACUACAAAACAGCCUAUAUUAGGAGAGCACACAUAGGGAGUCACAUAGUAAGGGUAUAAUUGUCUGUUUGUAGUCUCUUUGACUGUUGGAACUGAGACUCUGUACAUUUGAGAAAAGGAAGUGUUUUUGCACUGAGGAGCCGUGGCUAAGGAGGUAGGCUGAUUGCUGUAUUCUGCAAAAUAUAUAUAUAUAUAAAUAUAUAUAUAUAUAUUAUUUUUUUUGUGUGUGUGUGUGUGUGUGUAAAAACGGUCAAGGUUUUUUGAGAAUACAAAAAAAUUGCAUAUUAACAAGGAUUAAAUCUUUCAAAUGUUUUAAUGUUCUAUUGGUACCUGAAGUAAAUGUCUCUUUAAGUAUGAACAAAAUGUUAAAACUGGGGCGGAAAACUGUUUUUGUUAUAAAAAUGUUUACACAUCAAGUGUUGCAGAUGUAUUUUUAAUUAAUAUCUACUAAAUGAGAGACAGCCCCUUUUUUCCUGUGCGUCCAGCUUGUCUGGUUACAAUUCCGUGUCUAUAAAUGUAAAGAUUGUGGGAUGAGCAGGGUUUUACCCGUGCUCACACAACUAAUCCUAGGUGUCAAUGGAUACCUGGGGAUCCUGUAAGUCAACUGGGGCCAUUGUUAGAGGCCCGUACUGAUCAAUGAGCUACACAGAGCCCUUUAACUCAGAGCUUAGCAACAUUCUUUUUUUUUUCUGUAAUGCAGGCAGAUUUGAGGAGACCCUCCAGGGUCUGAAUAGUAGGGAUUUUAUGGAUUGGGACCAGUGCUAGGCUUUGCCAGCAGCCCAGCACUGAUCUCUAUAUAAUAUGAUGGGAUCCAUGUCCAUUCAGACUUACACUACAUAUAAUUCUGAAAACGGCCAGUAGAUGGUGGCAGUAUACCACCAUCUACGGUUUUAAAUGAAGUAACAUCCAUUUCUUUUAUCAGAACUGACAUUGGCAGUGUGUUACCUUAGGAUUGGGGCUAGGUUAAGGUAGGGUUAGGGCUAGAAUUAAGGAUAACUGUAGGGUAGGGUUACACUUAGUGUUGGGGUAGAGUUAGGGUUAGUGUAGGGUUAUUCUGGGUGUAAGUUAAUGCCGUUUUAGGAUUAAAGGUUGUGUCGUCUUGAGAUUAACGGUAAGAUUAGGGUAGGUAUACCGUUAGUGUAAGCAUUGGUUAAGGGGGUGGUUUGUGUAGCGCUAGUGCUAAUUGGUUUAGCGUUGACUAUCAAAAAUGUAAAUCCUUAUCAUAUUAGGCAUUUAACAAUCAGAACUGAUGUGUGAAUCAAUUUUGAGAUCUUUUUAAUUAGUUGCACUGGAUGUGUAAAAAUUAUUGUAAGCAAAAAUGUGUGGGGGGGGGGUUGGGAUUUUUUUCUUUUCAUUUAACAUUUUAUUCACACAGAAUGUUAGGUAUAAGUAUAUAGGAUGUUAUAUAAAAGCUCUUUCUGUCCUUUAACAAAAAAUAUAUAAUGUGAAUGGGAGCACUUUAAACCCUUAAACACAAAAAAAAACUUAAAUGACAGUGGAACAAACCUAUAGCUAGAAUUUUAAGCUAUGGAAUUGGUUUCGCAUCACUAUUAAUGGAGCAAUGGAUGUAUUUAAUUGUAAGGAAAAGUAUCUGUAUUCUCCAUUAAUCUGGAACAAUAAAAACCUUAAUUUCUUUUUGUUUUUUAAACCAGAAUUCUUAAAGGACUACUAUAGUCACCCAGACCACUUCAGCUCAAUGAAGUGGUCUGGGUGCCAGGUCCCGCAGGGUUUUAACCAUGCAGCUGUAAACAUAGCAGCUUCAGAGAAACUGAUAUGUUUACAUUGCAGGGUUAAUCCAGCCUCUAGUGGCUGUCUUCCACCACCACUACUUCACGUCCAUCUGCAACAUCCUUUUUCACUGAAACUGUUUAGAUGCAAGUCAACACAAAAAUUUACCUUGUAAAUUAAACCUGAUCAUUUCAAAAUAUACAUGAAUAAAUCCGCAGAAUAAUAGAAGUGAUAGAACAUGUACUGUCUUCGUAUAGCAUCAUUCAUGACAAGUGUGAAUAAUUCUAUUUGUGGACUGCUUGGUAGCUUUUAAACAAAUAAAUCUUUAAUGAAAACCAUCUUAAACUAUUUGCACAAAGAAAGACAUUUCAGUGGUUUGCAACUUCAUGAGUAACAAUUAAGUCUACAAGUCAAAUUUGAAGACCUAAAAUCAGGAUAAGAUAGUACUUCAAGCAAACAAUAGCAGUAUAAAAAAUGACCUGGAAAACAUGGCAUUUCGUGUUUUAUACAGCCAUUGUUUGCUGUGUGUGUGUUACCUUGUUCUUAUCCCGAUUUUAUGUAUGUAUUAAGUGUUAAAGUGACAUGACAUCUGGGUGAUUAUUUUAAUUUUAGCACCACUGCUCCUUAAUAUUUUUUUAUUGUUUGUUACUAUAAAUUUGAGGACCUGCAGUUGAAUGAAAGUGUCCAUUCUAGCUUAAAAUGUCUAAUUUUCUAAUGUAUUUGGUCAAAUUAAAUUUUCAUUUUAUUUUGUUUUCUGUUUAUUCUUUACUCAUAUUGGUAAUUACAUAUAUAAUAAAAUUUCUUACAUUGUCAUAAAAGUAUACAUUUAAGGAAAAUACCUUAAGAUAUGUAUGUAUGUGUCCUGAAAAAAAAAGUAUAUGGCCCUAGUUAAUGCAAUAAACUUUGAUAUGGAAGAUGAACUAUUUGAUAGAAUUCUCUUAAUAAACAUGAGUAUUGUUUACUGAAAAGACAAGCUGUAGCACUGUGUGCAUAGUAAGUUAAAAGUAUUUAAGGAUUGUUUUUCUAAUUCUAUUUUAUAUAUGUUCUUUGAAGUGCCGAUCCUUUGUCCAAUAUGCUGCUGUCAUUCACCUCAAAAGAAGAUGCCAUUGCCUUUGCUGAAAAAAAUGGUAAGUAAUCUGUAGAAAGGUAUUGUUUACAAUUAAAAUCAUACAGAGAGGCAGACAUACCGAUAAAAAGGAAAUAGAGAAUAUAGUCUUUUAUUGUCUGGGCGCAUUAUUGAAGUUUAAAUCAUUCCAAUAAUUCACAUGCUAGGUAUUGUUAGAUUUUACACAUGCGUUUAAAGGUCAUUUGAUGUGUAGAGAGGCAAAAGGAAACUUCAGGUAUAUCUGUAAAGUUCUGUUUACAGGCAAAUUUUAAUACACAAUAAGCUGAACAGCAUGUGAAAAGGUAUUUGUUCUAAAAUUAGCUUGCUGUUCGAUUAGCUGUUACAAUCAGACAGAUCUUGUUAGUUCAGUUAUUUACAUGGUCUGCCCCUUUUUUAUCUGCAUAUCACAUUUUAUAAUCGUACUAAAUUAUUCCCUGUAAUGAGUAGAUAGUAAUGCAAGCUAGACUUAAGCAAAAAAAAUGUUGUAUUUAUGUCCAUAAAUCAAUAGAUUUAAACAAAUCAAAAUCCUUUCAAUGUGUGCCCAAACAAAUAGAAUUGUCCUGAAAAUUUUUUUCAAAACAAAUGCAUACAUUCUCUGUGGAGUAAAAGGUUUUUAAUCAAUUUGUUUAUGGCUGAAACUAGUUUUUGCAAAGGUCUAAAUUGCGUGCAUCACCUGUGUGCAUGCUGGCGCCCUAAUAUCAGGCUUACUUGGGACAUGUAAUAUGUUAGAGUAGGGUUAAUGUUAAGUGUUUGGUUUUAGGACUCACUGUAGGAGCUUGUUGAGAUUAGUGCCUCCAGACUGCACAGAGAUGAUCUGUGUAUUAUUACCCUUGCAUAAUGCGAAAUGAUGCAUGCAAAUGACCUGUGCAUGAUUAGUCUUUCAUUACAAAAAAUAAUUACAUGGGUUACAUCACCACGUGUGCAGUACAGCAUUAUUUACAUGAUUGAUCUUUGUUAAUGUGAUGAUGGUAGCAAAGUGUUUAAUCCUGUGUGAUUGUGUAGGGGUUAAAUAAAUAUGCCAAGCACCAUAACCUGUAGUGGUUAUGGUGCCAGGAGUGCCAUGAUACCUCCCCAUUGUAAUUGGCCAAAUAUUUUUAGAACUGUUUGACUUUUUACCUGGGGUCGAAGGAGUGUGUCUUUCUGCUUUAACUGCUGCCGACAGUAAGGCAGGAGCUUCUGUUCCUAAACCACGUCGUGCAGAGCAGGGCUAGAGCACUGACCGAGAGCUUCAUUUGCUGUUUUACUGCAGUUUCAGCUCAGACAGAGAGCUCUGUCAAUGAAUACAGGAAGCAGCACCCCGUGGACCUCGUUUAGGAAGUCAAACCAUUCUAAAUUGGCUUGACAUCUUAAACUGUGGGAGGGGCCUUACAUUACUCCUAGCACCAUAUUUGCUAAAGUGCGUUGUAGUGGUUAUAAUGCUUGGAGUGUUCCUUUUAAAAGAAGAGGAUCUAAUUGCAUUGGCAGUUAAAGUCCUGGGGGCAGCUAUUUCAGCUGUUGUCAAAAUGGUGGCGAAUAACACUUGGGAAUAUAGGUCCCACUAUGGGCCCCCAGAUUCUAUGGAAGUGAUGUGUGCAUUACCUUUUUAUUACAGGGAAUGACUGUAAUGAUGAUAUCACCAUCUGUGCACUACAGAAUUCUAAAAACAUGAUCUGUGUGUAUAUAAAUGUCCGUGUCAUCACAUUUCAUUGGCAAUAUUUUGAUAGUUAAUACAGCAUAUUAUAGGCUAACUCAAAAUUGUCUAUCUAAGGACAUCAGAGUAAUACCUCAUUAUCCACUUGUUUUAUUGUAUGCACACAUGGAAGGGUAGCUUAGCCUAAAACUCCACUUUGUUUGUUUUAUAGGAUGGAGUUAUGAAGUUGAAGAGAAGAGGAUUCCAAAGCCAAAAUCCAAGUCUUAUGGUGCAAACUUUUCUUGGAACAAACGAACCAGAGUUUCCACAAAAUGAGUUAUUGGCCGUCCAUAAGUCUGACUAUGAACAAAGUCAGCUGUGCUAUAUUUAUAGAACAAGUAUAAUACAACUCUUAAUCUCCUAAUAAAUAUGACCUUUAAACUACAAAUGCAUCUUGUGGUGUCUAUUUAAAAUGUUUUUGAAGUUUCGGUUUGAGCCUUUGAAAAAUUUAUUUAUAUAGAGAGGCGAUUUAGGGUAUUCAU